AUUAGAAACAACUGAGGAGGCAUCUACAAGGAACAAUUGUUAGAAGUGAAGAGGAUUACCGUAAUCAUCCCAACUCAGCCUGCCAAUUUCCCCUUCCAAAUACCCUCUGCCCCCACAUCAGUGUUAGGAGGCAAACACAGGUAAGUGAAAUCCAUAAGGGCUGAGUGGGUUUGAGAACUACAUGCUUUGUAACACUCCCUUCAGGUCCUGUCCCUUGAGCUUCAACUUGAACUUUAGAAAUAAAACAGCUGCAAACAAGUAGGGGAAAAUGAGACAGGCCUGCCCACAGAGCAGUAAAAGGUACUGUAGAAAUAUAUUUUGGUGCAGUUUUCUCAACAUCAAAUAUUUUGAUCUAGUUCUGCUUUGGUUUAUAUGCCCUAAAACUGAUCCACCUCAACAAGACUACUAUUUUUGCACAGAUAUUUUUUAUUUGUUUCCUUGUUUGUACCCCACCCAUCUGACAGGGAUGCCCCAGCCACUCUGGGUGGCUUCCAACAUAUAUAAAAACAUAAUACAACUUUAAACUUUAAAAAGCCUCCCUAUAGACAGACAUUAAAUAUACAGAAGAUAUUGGUGCUUUAUGGUCUAUAGAAAGGAAUUGGUUAACUUAAAAAAAAUUAGAAUGAACAUAAUAAUAAAAAGAGAAGGCAAUUAUUGGCAAGGCAUGCAUGCGGAAACUGAAGUCUUGGUACAGUCAUCUCCCAGUUAUUAAGACUUCAGAAAAUACUUCAGUCAUCUCCCAGUUAUUAAGACUUCCGGAGGUGGCGCCAACGGUAAUGGCGGAUUCCCUCUGAUUCGGAGGGAACCUGCUCCACAGAAAUCGGGUCCUACACCGCUUCAGCGCAGCGGGGACCCCUUAAAUCACAGGUGGGUGAAGCCUGUGACCCUGGGACUCGGCGGGCACUGUCUGCGCCCCCCCAAUCUGCAAAGGAACCCGGCAACGGGCUCCGGAACAGAGCGGGGAAGUGGCGCUGUGCUGUGAGUCGUCUGCUUCUUCUGUGGAGUGAAGCUGCGCAGCUGUUGCCGGAGAGCGCUGCCUUUUUCCUUGACAAUUUGGCUCCGAAAACAACGAUCCGUGAGUAGGAUAACUUUAUAAUUAAAGGAACUGUACAAAAUUGGCUACCGAAGCGGAGAGGUAUAAAAAGGAAGUCUGCCUCCCGCUCUUGUAAAUAGAACAAAGCAUUGAACUUGAAAGCGGAAGCUUUAAAAGACGCGCAAAAGGAUUACAAUCCGAUCAUCAAACUGUGAUUUCCCCCCCUCAAUUCGGGGGAGGAGGGGGAGAAGCUUUGAACGUUGUUUCCCUAAGAAAAAGAGAGGAAGAGGAGACAAAAACCACCGCUCAAAACCCCCGGAACGUAUUUUGAACGUAUUUUGACAGCUAGCUCUGCAUCUGAAAUACAACUUGGUUACAAUAUUGCUGAUAGGUAUCUCCUGGUUUUAAAGUAACAGCCUGAGAUAGAUUGUUGUCUUUCUGGUGAAUUGGGGGACUAAAGGGAGAAGUAAAUUACUUUAAGAACUUUAUGACUGUUACAGUGUCCCCCUAGUGGAAUUUGGAACUAGUUACAACUGCAGCUGGCCUGAGGAAAUCUCCCACAACAAUUUUCUGGGAACUUUCCAUUUCAAAACAACUUUGACUCUGACUGUAUGACUGACCUUGAGUUUUAUCUUGAGGGUUAUGGCAGAUGGGAAAGAGAAGAUAGAUUUGUUACAAGCAACAAGGUCUGGCAGAGUAUUUCGCACAGACGGUGGAUUACAAUGGAGGGCUUCGACAUCUGGCCCCCCCGGAGUUCCAACAGCAACCUCAUCGGCACAACCUAAAACUAAAGGUAUGGCAAGUGACGAUGCCCUGGCUCAGGCACUAGCUAAAAUUAAUGAAUCUUUGGAUAGAAUAAGUAAACAAGUAGCCGAGGCAUCGGAUAAGAUUGAUCAAAAUACGACAAGUAUUAACCAAAAUACGGCAAGUAUCAAUAAUUUGGGACAGAAAGUAAAUACUAAUACAGAAACUAUUCAGAAAUUAUUACAGGAAUCUGCUUCGACACAUAAGACUGCCGAAGAGGCUAGGGAAAUUGCUACAGCUACUGCUACAGUGGUUCAAGAGAAGAUACCACCGCUACAUAAACAACUUGAAGACCAUAAGUCAAUUCUGUCUAUGAUCGAGUUGAAGGAGAAACAAGUGAACUUAAGGGUCAGAGCUGUACCUGAAGUGGAGAAAGACAAUUUGGUUGAAUUUCUCACGCAGGAAUUUCUAGAUUUUUGGAACCCAGAUUUGGGGAAAGAUAGUUUUAAGAUAGUGAGUGCUUUUAGACUUGGAAAAGGAGGGAGAAAGAACAGGGUGAGAGACUGUUUGAUCACCCUCCGAACAAAAGAAGAGAGAGACAAGAUUUUGAGUUUGCAUUUCCAGAAGACUUUGGAAAUACAACAGUCAAAAGUGGAGAUAUUCAAGGAUAUUCCGAAACAUCUUCUGGAUCUCAGGUUUAACUACAAAGACUUGGUUACCCUGUUGAGAAGCAACGGAAUCAUCUUUAGGUGGGAAUUUCCUCAAGGUCUAUCCUUUAGUUACAAAGGAAAGAAGAUAAAAAUAAGAUCAGAAGACGACAAAGACAAAUUUUGGAGAGACCACGGAGAAGACCUACAGAAGAAAGUUACAGGAGAGUUAAGAGCAAUUGUAAGAGAAACUUUAGACACACCAGGACUAUCUCUGGAACUAAAAGACCGCCUGAGAAACGUGAUACCACUGAUGGAACAGGAACAGGCACUGGGUGCUGUUGGAGGAGAAGCAAAAUAAUUACAUCAUGACCCUGCAACUAUUAAGUUGGAAUUGUAAUGGUUUGAACUCUCCCCAGAAAAGGAAAUCUGUGUUUCAUUUAUUAAAAAAGGAACAAUUGGACUUGAUUUGCCUACAAGAAACACAUAUAACAAGGUUACACAAGAAAUUAUUGAUAAAUAAAAGACUUGGUCAGGAGUUUAUUUCAUCGGAUAAAGUAAAAAAAAGAGGAGUUGUGAUUUAUGCAAAGGACAGACUAUUACCGAAAUUUAUUUUUAAAGAUGACCAAGGAAGAUUUGUGGCAAUUGAAAUUCAGACACAAGGAGAAAAAUUCUUGAUAGUAGGGAUUUAUGCACCAAAUGAGGGGAAAUCUGACUUUUUUAAGAAGUUGCAUGAGACUCUGAUGGACUAUCUGGAUUAUAACAUGAUUUUGAUGGGAGACAUGAAUGGAGUGGUAUCUACACAUAUGGACAAGGCACAAAGACAGGUAGUCACCAAGGAUGGUAGACUACCGAAAACCUUCUUUGAGAUGACAGACAACUUGGAUCUAGUUGAUAUUUGGAGAACAAGAAACCCCAUGGCUAAAGAGGGAACCUUCUUUUCUGAAGCCAAAAUGACAUGGACUAGAAUUGACCAAAUAUGGGUAACUAGAGGAAUGGCACCAAAGACAAGAAAGGUGGAAAUCUGCCCGAAAACUUGCUCCGACCAUAAUGCUGUCAAGAUGGAAAUGAAACUAAUACCAACUGGCUCCUUUAGAUGGAGGAUGAAUGACACCUUAUUUAGAGAUGAAGAAGUGCUAAAGAAAGCCCAAAAAACCUUGAGAGACUAUUUUGAGAUAAAUAUGAAUACCAAUGUGGAAAAAAGAGUAAUCUGGGACGCAAGUAAAGCGGUUAUGAGAGGGUUCUUGAUACAACAGAAUGCAUUAAAGAAGAGAAUUCAAAAUGAGAAGAAGGAUAAAAUACUGGAGAAAAUAAAGGAAAGUGAAAAAAGAUUGAGAACAAAACCAAAAUCCCAAGAGAUUCUGAGAGAAUUAAAGCUAUACCAAGUACAAUACAUGAAAAUGACGAAUCAGGAGAUAGAAUGGAAAAUUAAACAAAUGAGACAAAAGACAUUUGAGUCGGCUAAUAAAUGUGGGAAACUGUUGGCUUGGCAAAUGACAAAAAGACAAAAAUUAAAUACAGUUACAAAUUUAGAAGUGGAAGGAAGGAAUAUACAGAACCCAGCUGAGAUUAGAAAUUGUUUCCAGAGGUACUUUAAACAAUUAUAUGCACAAGGGCCACUGAAAGAAACUGAUGUAAAUAGAUUUCUGCAAACAAAUGGAUUACAAAAAAUCUCUCAAGAAAAUAAAUUAAUGUUGAACUACAAAAUAACUGAACAGGAGAUAGAAGGUGCCAUUCAAAAUAUGCAAUUGGGUAAAUCUCCAGGACCGGAUGGACUGACUUCUAGAUAUUACAGAACCUUGAAAGAAUGGUUAGUACAACCUUUGAAAAAGGUUUGCAAUGAAAUAAUGGAGGGGAAAAGGGCACCAGAGUCGUGGAAAGAAGCUUAUAUUACACUUGUACCAAAAACAGAGACUGAAAAGACGCAGCUUAAGAACUACCGUCCCAUAUCAUUACUUAAUGUGGAUUACAAAAUUUUUGCAGACAUUUUGGCGAAGAGACUGAAAAAAGUGUUGUUGGAAGAGAUUCAUAAAGACCAAGCGGGCUUUCUCCCGGGUAGACAUUUGUCUGAUAACAUGAGGAACAUAAUUGACAUUUUGGAGAAACUAGAAGUGAAUAUAAACACUAAAGCAGUUUUGAUAUUUGUGGACGCGGAGAAAGCCUUUGACAAUAUUUCUUGGAGUUUUAUGAAGAAGAACCUACAGGGUAUGGGGGUAGGCCAAGGCUUUGAAAACGGUAUAAGUGCAAUCUAUUCAGAACAAAAAGCUAAAUUAAUUGUAAACAAUGUAGUGACGGAAGAAUUUAAGAUUGAAAAAGGGACACGACAAGGUUGCCCAAUCUCCCCAUUGCUUUUUAUUUCGGUCCUGGAGGUUUUGCUGAACAUGAUUAGAAGGGAUCAAUUGGUUAAGGGUAUACAGGUUGGAGCUAAACAGUACAAAUUGAGAGCAUUUGGAGAUGACUUAGUAUUGACGUUACAGGAGCCAGAAUCUAGUACCAAAAGGGUUUUAGAACUGAUUCAAGAAUUUGGUCAAGUUGCAGGAUUUAAAUUGAAUAAAGUAAAAACUAAGGUCUUAGAGAAAAAUUUAACACCAAUAGAGAGAGAGAGGUUUCAGAAUGAGAUAGGUUUAACAGUGGUCAAGAAAGUUAAAUAUCUGGGGAUUAACUUGACAGCAAAAAAUGGGAACUUAUUCAAAGAUAACUAUGAAAGAUGUUGGGCUGAAGUGAAAAAAGACUUAGAAAUUUGGUCAAACUUGAAGCUUUCACUGCUGGGUCGUAUUGCUGCUGUAAAAAUGAAUGUAUUGCCUAGAAUGUUGUUUUUGUUUCAAACAUUGCAAAUUGUGGACAAAAUGGACUGUUUCAAGAGGUGGCAGAGAGAUAUUUCUAGAUUUGUCUGGCAGGGCAAGAAGCCCAGAAUAAAAUUUAAAAUACUAACAGAUGCAAAGGAUAGAGGUGGAUUUGCCCUGCCAGACCUUAAACUUUACUAUGAAUCAGCAGCUUUCUGCUGGUUGAAAGAAUGGCUGCUUCUUGAAAACACUGACAUUUUGGAUCUAGAAGGUUUUAACAAUGUGUUUGGAUGGCAUGCAUAUCUGUGGUAUGACAAGGUCAAAGCGCAUAAAGCAUUUAAAAACCAUAUUGUCAGGAAAGCAUUGUUUAAUGUUUGGAUAAGAUACAAGGAUUUACUGGAAAACAAAACUCCAAGGUGGCUGUCACCAAUGGAAGCGAAAGCCUUGAAAAAGCUCAAUAUGGAGGUCAAAUGGCCAAAAUAUUGGGAAAUUUUGGAACAAGAUGGAGACAGAUUGAAAUUGCAGAGUUUUGAAAAACUAAAAACCAAAGUGCGAGACUGGCUUCAUUAUUAUCAGAUAAUGGAGGCAUACAAUUUGGACAAGAAAAUUGGCUUCCAGGUGGAAAAAUCAAAAUUAGAAACAGAACUGUUAGAAUCCAAAACUAAGAAUUUGUCAAGAAUGCAUAACUUGCUGCUGAAAUGGAAUACUCAGGAUGAAACGGUGAAAUCUGCUAUGAUUAAAUGGGCACAAGAUGUUGGACAUAACAUUAUGUUAGCUGACUGGGAACGGCUAUGGACCACAGGUAUGAAGUUUACGGCAUGUAAUGCCCUAAGAGAGAAUAUUAUGAAAAUGAUAUACAGGUGGUACAUAACCCCAGUCAAGCUUGCAAAAAUCUACCAUUUGCCUGAUAAUAAAUGUUGGAAAUGUAAAGAAACUGAAGGUACAUUUUUCACCUUUGGUGGACGUGCCCAAAGAUUAAGGCUUUCUGGGAGAUGAUAUAUAAUGAACUAAAAAGGUAUUUAAAUAUACCUUCUUGAAGAAACCAGAGGCCUUUCUCCUGGGCAUAGUCGGCCAAUCGGUGUUAAAAAAGGAUAGAACUUUCUUUAUGUAUGCUACAACAGCAGCAAGAAUACUUAUCGCAAAGUAUUGGAAGACACAAGAGUUACCCACACUGGAGGAAUGGCAGAUGAAAAUGAUGGACUACAUGGAAUUGGCGGAAAUGACUGGCAGAAUCCGUGACCAGGGAGAAGAGUCGGUGGAAGAAGAUUGGAAGAAAUUCAAAGAUUAUUUACAGAAACAUUGCAAAAUUAAUGAAUGUUAGAAUAAUGUUGGAUUGAAGUUAAAUGGCUUCUAGCUGUAUAGGUUUUAAAGCUAUAAAUAUAUUAAGAUUAAGGAUUAGGAUUAAAAAAGUUAAAAGAAUGGAAAAAUUGGUUUCAAAUAGGUAAAAAUCUAAUGUCAUAAUACAUUAAGAUUAAGGAUUGGGAUUAAAAAGGAGGGAAAGAAAUUGCUGGAUUAACAACCGGAAUUGGAAUACAAAAGAGGGAGGUAUGAGGAAGUCCGGGAAACAAGUAAAUGUAAAAGAAGUUAUGAAAAGACGGAAUUGUUUUUAACUUUUUUUUCCCUUUUUUAUUUUUCUGUAUUUUGUAUUUUGUAUUUUCUAUUGUGUAUUUUUCUUUUUUCUUUUCAAAUUUCUCUUGUUUAUUAAUGUGAUUUUAUUUUUUCUGAAACUUUAAUAAAUAUUAAUUAAAAAAAAAAAAGACUUCAGAAAAUACUUCUGGGUGGAGCAUAAUGGAUGGAAUGGGGAGCUUUUGGUUAUUCCAACCAUAGGUCAUGCUGUAUCUUGAAAGGAGGCUUUCAGCUUUGCUUCUUUUCCACGAACUCUUCAGAGCAAUAAAGCUGUUGUUCAGCAUUCAUUUUGACUUGGCCCUGUACUAACCUUACAGUAGCAAUGGAAAAUACUGCGUUAGAAUUGUUCAACACAUUUUAGCAGAAUGAUUAAACUUGCCACAUUUUCUGCAAUCCUUCCCACAAGCUGGGCAGUGAAUUCCAAUUUGGCUGAUGUCACACACACAGCAUGCCAUGUCUUUCAGGGGUGUUUGUCAGUGCUCUCUCCUUUAUUUGAGGCUGAAUAGCCUUGCUUUUGUUAGAACUGCUUUUUCACUGUAUGGUGUCCCGUGUGUGUGUGUGUGCACUGCCCCUCAGAGUUGUAGCUGCUUACUCUGCCUUGCAUACACCCCUGCACACUCUAUGGUUAAAUGAGUCUUUCUCAGUAAACUGAUACGGCUUUAUGCCAUGUAGUGUUAUCUAGUACAUGAUACACACCAUGAAAGCUUAUGGUUUUGAACAGAAAUUAAACCAGUCAUCCACAUGUGGCAUCUAUGCUCUUCUUCACUCUGAGCUGGUGUAGACUUUGUGCCUUUCAGACUUAAUCAUUCUGAGUGCUUCACAUUCAUUUUUUACUUAUUUUAAUGUUUUGUUGGAAGGCGCCCAUAGUGGCUGGCGUAACCCAGCCAGAUGGGCGGGGUAUAAAUAAUAAAUGAUGAUGAUGACGAUUAGUAUUAUUAGUAUUAUUUUCAGAAAAUAUUUCCUCUAUCUUCAUUGCCAUCAAAAUGGAAAUGGAAAAAAUAAGAUAAAGAAAUAAAUGCCAUAUUACAAAAAUGUCUAAAGCCAACUGAGCAAUCUGUUGGUCCCAGAACCUGCCAUGUUCCAGCAAAUGUGAAGGGGAAGUGGAUUCCAGAAGCAGAAAGUUGGCAAAAGUUCCAAAUGAAGGAUCCAAGUCCACAAAACCAUUUUUGGGAGCAAAAUAGAUGGUUUAACUUAUCUCUACAAAUGAGAUACCAGUUGAGUGCAAAAAUGUGCAAUGAGGUUUUUCAAAAAGUUGUUUAGCUCCUGAACUAAUGUCAUAUUCUCUGCCCAGAAGCAUCAGUGUGAGCUGAGUUGUUUUCAGAACUUUCUAUAGCAAUUGCUCAGUAAGGCAAAUUUGGCACCAAUCUCUCUUGGAAACACUGCCUUAAGUGUUUGUUAAAAUUGGAAUGUCUUUGUGGGCACAGCUGCUGCAACAGAUAACUGGGAAAUUGUAAGCUUUGAAUACGUGUGUGUGUGUGUGUGUGUGUGUGUGUGUGUGUAGGUUGUAAUGACCCUAUAAUCAUCACAGUGUAUUAUGCUUUCCCACCACUUUCAUAUUUUUAUUUGCGCAAUCUGGGCCUUCUUUUCUAAUUCUUUAUCUACUCCAUAUGUCUGGCUUUAUGUUUUGCUAAAUGCUAUGGUAGCUGGAUCCUGAUUAUUUACUAAGUGGGGGCAAGAAAGCAGUCAUAAAACACAGCAUGAAAUGAGUAUCAUAGCAACUGCAUGCCACUCUGUUCUGAUUCUGCUGAAACAGAAGCAACAGAGAGGAAUAUCUGCUGGCGUGUAAACAGCUCUGCUGCAACCCCCUUUCCAUCUAGAAGAGAAAUAUUUUCCCCGAUGAUCUGUUAUGUGAGUAUUGGACUGAAUCCUUGCUCUGUCGGCUUUUUUGAAUGAUCUCUGAAGAACAAGCUGCCGGCAUGAGCCAGCACCAUUUUCUUUCUGCCAGAGUUCAGCUUAAGAGCCAGUCUGCAUGUUGCCAUGGGAUUAGCAUCCCCAUAGCAACUCUACCCCACUGCUUGGAUGUAUCCUUUAGAACAUAUCCAUGUAUGAGUUGAGGCCAUCACACUGAGUUUUCCCCAGCCCUGCCAGGGGAAAACCACUGAUGAAGACACAACUGUCUCCCACACCUUUUUACCUCCCACUGUCACAAAUAUUUUAUGCUUCCCCUUCCUCCUGCAAAGGGAAAGCUCUUCCUCAUCAGUGUUCAAAUGUAUCUCUUUAUCUGAAUAAAAAUGCUAGUCCCAAAAGAAAAGGGAAUCCUAUGACAGUUGUGGCUGAUGACCAAUGGAACCACUGGCACAAGAGGCAGGGAGGCCAACUGUAGAGCAAAUGUCAAAGGAGUGGUCAGUAAUCACACAGUUCAAAGAGGGAGCCAACUCUUUAUUAGCAGAAACACAACCUCCCCAGACUUGGCUGAGUCAGGCCUAAUGAGCACAGCAGCUCAUUCCCAGUGGUUUUCCUCCAUGAAAAUCAGUUGCCAAGACUGAAAGACCCCCACCUCCACUUCAGGGCUUUUUCCAAGCAAUCAGAGAAUGUGUGUACAGUCAACCUUCCCUCCACCCUUUUCAUGCCUCUCCUGGUUCUGGAGCAUGGGAGAAGGGGGAAGGGAGGUGGUCAAGGGGGGGAGACACUCACCUUUCACCAGCCUGACUCAGCUUCUGCCUCUUGGUCUCCCUCCUCCCACUCACCGGCUUCAGCUUCUGCCUCUGAUUCUUGACUUCUCUCUGCCACAGACUCACCCGACUCACUAAGCCUGUCACCUCUUCUUCCCAGCCUUCUCCCUCUUCUCCCUGUGACCAGUCAUCAUUGUCCCACCACCACUCCCCAGACUCUGAGCCUUCAUCCCCUGGGGGUUCCCCAGCUGGUUCCUCCCACCAUUCCUCUGUGUCCAACCAAUCCAUAAUAGCCAAUGGCAGGUGCAGUCAGCUAAUUCUAGUUUUAUCCCAUCCUGUGUCAGAGAACGAGACUCUGACAGGCAGAGACGAGACAGAUACAGUGGAAGGAGGGGGAGAAUUCCUAAGAGAGGGGGGAGAAGCAGUCAGCCACAGGAAUUUGACCUUUGCACACAGAGAGACACAGAGAGCAGAAAUGCAGCUGCAAAGCUCAGAUAGUGACACACACACAGAAAUAGUGGGAGUGCAAUCUCCCCAAUCUCGUAGACUCAUGAGAUUAAACGAGAAGUGCAAAACUAACAGGAAGAAAAGGUGGUGCUUUUCUUGUUGGAGGGAAAGGGAGCGGAGCUUAGUUCCGGCAACUGCUAUCGAAAAUCUGAAAUAAUUAACUGCUAGAGUCAUCUCGUGUGUGUGGGAGAGACCCAAGCCUGACAUCCUGUUCCUUUGUGAAUUCAGCAAGGGCAAGACUAAGACAAAGAAGCAGUUCCAUCUCUGAACUGGAUAUCAGCAAGAAGGCAGGCAGGUGGUGAAGGCUGGGGUUAGUGGGGCAGUGCCCCAAUUGCCCAAAUGGAACAGCCUCCCUAGAACUCAACUCCUUUUUCAAGCCCUGGGAACAAGUGCAUCUUGAUGCAACUAUCAUAGAAUUAUAGAGUUGGAGGGACCCUGAGGGUAAUCUAGUCCAGCCCCCUGCAAUGCAGGAAUCUCAACUAGAUCAUACAUGACAGGUAGCCAUCCAGCCUGUGCUUUAAAAACUCCAAGGAAGGAGAGCCCACCACCUCUCUUGGGAGUCUGUUCCACUGUCAAACAGCUCUUACCACCAGAAGGUUCUUCUGGUGUUUAGUUGGAAUCCCCUUCCUUAUAACAUGAAUCCAUUGGGUCAAGUCCUACCAUCCAGAGCAGCAGAAAACAAGCUGGCUCCAUCUUCCAAGUGAAAGCCCUUUAGAUAUUUGAAGAGGGCUAUCAUAUCUCCUCUCAGUCUUCUCUUUACCAGACUAAACAUACCCAAUUCAACUGUUUGUCAUAAGGCUUGGUUUCCAGACCCUCUUCUGCACACUUUCCAACUUGUCCUUCUUAAAUUGUGAUGCCCAGAACUGAAUUCCAGGUGUGGUCUGACCAAGGCAGAAUAGAGCGGGACCAUUACUAUAAUGGAUAAUUUCUUCUUUGAAAAACAGAGUCCAAAUCAUAACUUUUUAGGCAAGAAGAUAUCAUUUAUUGUGAAACAUGCCUUCAUCAGAUGCCACAUAAAAACAUUUACCAAAAUAAAAAGUUAAUUCACAACAAGUGGUUUAAGUGAGAUGGAAUAUGCUAUGAAGAGUAAGUACCAGAUACUCAGUUCUUAUAAGCCCCGUUCAGAAGACAUAGCUUGUCCAGUGAAUGCAUUGGAUGGAGCAGAGGAGCAGGAUUGUGCCUCCUGACCCCUGUGUGUUCAGCUCAGCCUGUUUACAGAACCGUUGCAUAUACAAACUAUAUGCAGGUAGGAACUGUUUGUGUAAGCAAGACCCUAGAUUUUGCGGAACAGCCAGAUCACAUGGAGAGAGUCUAAGACAGGGGUCUGCAACCUUUUUGAGCCAUGGGCCGGUCCACCGUCCCUCAGACCAUGUGGUGGGCCGGACUAUAUUUGGGGGGGGGGGUGUGAACGAAUUCCUGUGCCCCACAAAUAACCCAGAGAUGCAUUUUAAAUAAAAGCACACAUUCUACUCAUGUACAAACACGCUGAUUCCUGGACCAUCCGUGGGCUGGAUUAAGAAGGCGAUUGGGCCACAUCUGGCUCGUGGGCCUUAGGUUGCCUACCCCUGGUCUAAGAGGAUAUAAUUUGUGCACACACAGGUUUAGGUUUAGCUGAAUUCACAUCUUGUUUUAGCACACAUUUAAUUCAAUUUCAGGGACGUGGGUGACACUGUGGGGAACACUAUGGAGAAAUGAUAUAGUACCUUACUUAAAGAGAAUUAUAUGAAAAUGAGUGGCUGGGGAAACUCAGCCAGAUGGGCGGGGUAUAAAUAAUAAAUUAUUAUUAUACUGUAGGCGGUAUUUAACACUGGUUAAAUUGGGACGCGGGUGGAGCUGUGAUCUAAACCACUGAGCCUAGGGCUUGUCGAUUGGAAGGUUGGUGGUUCGAAUCCCUGCAAUGGGGUGAGCUGCUGUUGUUCGGUCCCAGCUCCUGCCAGCCUAGCAGUUCGAAAGCACGUCAAAGUGUAAGUAGAUAAAGAGGUACCGCUCCGGCGGGAAAGUAAACGGCGUUUCCAUGUGCUGCUCUGAUUUCACUAGAAGUGGCUUAGUCAUGCUGGCCACAUGACCCAGAAAAACUGUCUGCGGACAAACGACGGCUCUCUUGGCCAGUAAAGUGAGAUGAGCGCCACAACCCCAGAGUCGUUCCCGAUUGGACUUAACUGUCAGGGGUCCUUUACCUUUAAUUCAAUUUCACACAGGGAAGUUUGCCUUCUGAAAUGGGUGCUAAAUGCAGUGAAGUGCAGCAGCACAGAGGACUGUGGCUGGCUUUGUAGCAUUCUGUCUGCUGCUCCACCCCUAGUUACUGACUUGUUUCGUUGCUAUGGAGGGAAGAGUUGAGCUAUCCCUCAAUACAUGGAUGCAGUGUUUUGUGAGAACUUCUUGGGCUCUCGUUGAGAAAAGCAGAUUGUUAAUAUGGGCUCACAGUCUUGACAGUUUAUUCAUCCUGAUAAUUGUGUUGCUUCAAUGAAUUCAAUAAAUUAUUUCCCCCUGUCUUUGGAGUAAUUCUGUUACUCUAAAGAAAAAAUGCCCAGCUGUUUAAAAAGAAAACUGUGUUGCUUUUAAGCUGUGACACCAUCUAUUGUGUGUCAUUUCACACCGGAAAAUAAAGAUUAAUCACAUGUGAGUAAGACCUGCAACAAAAUGUUGCAGUGUAUCCUUCUUCCCUAAUGCUCCUGUUCAGGAUUGUAGCCAGCCAUAUGCUCCUCCCUAUACACUGCAAGGGGCUCAAAAAGACCAGUCCAUUCUCUCUGAAUCCCCACCCCACCAUUCCAGUUUUUCUUCUCCAAGUGAUGCAACUCCCAUGAUUCCUGGAGGUAGUUGAGCAUGCUUAGUCUUUGGGAAUGGGGGUUGCCCUUUUCGCUUUUGUUAUUUUUUAAUUUUAUACUUCUGCAAGUUUCUCAGCAGCCCUGUUUUGAUUCUAAUCGUGUCAGCACCAGAGUUUACUAGUAGAUGGAAUGAGAUACCCAGCCAGCCCCGUCAUCACACAGCACAAUAACUUCAGAGAUAUGGCUACAGUUUCUAUAAUAAUGAUGACAAUAAUAAUAAUUAAUGAAGAUGACUAUAAAUAUAAAAAUUCCCAAACACUGGGUAGCAAUCUGACCGUUGUAGGGUGAAAUUGAGACUCUCUUCUUAUUAUGGGCUGAAAGAAGACUCCAUCUUUAGAUUUUUUUCUUCUUCUGUUUCUGCCAAGUGGAUUCUGCAAGAAGUAGCCAUUUUCUUGGUCCAUGCUAAAGUGAAUAUGACUUUUAUUUAUAAAGUUUUCCUACUGAAUUGUCAAAAUUGAAGUGAAUAUUUUUAAUUUUAAAAAUUCUCACAAAAACUGCAAAUAUUUGGUAAAAUAUAUUUUUCAUUUGAAGUUGCCUCUCUUGGAUUGCUAAUACAGAAGGCUAUCUCACAACUGGUUAAUGUGAGGAAGCCUUACAAUCUGGGGGGAAAACCCGUGACUGGGGCUAGCAGAGCUCACUACAAAACACAAUCAACCAAGCAAAUCUGUUGGGGGGGAGAUAGUGAGCUGGUGAUCUAGUCUGGGCCACUGAGAGAAGAAUUAGGAUCUUCUGCCUUCAUGUGGAAAUAAAAUUUAAAUUAACUAAAAGUUGUCACCCUUGAUACGAGCGAUGUAUUUCAUGAGUGUGAAGAUAAUGUGUGUCCCGUGGUGCUUAUUCCCACCAUUUAGUACUCACCUAAAAGCUACCCAUAGACCAACCACAUAGAGAUAUGUGUUUUCUGGUAGAAUCGGAAAUCAAUUUGAAUGAAAUGCCUCUUGUUUUAUUUUGCUUUUGCUAACCAAUUAAAAAUAUUUGUAUACUGUGUCUAACCAUUUCUGACACAGGCUCAUUAAUGUUGCUGAGUGCCACAGCUCUGGUCAUUUUGGGUUGUUUCCACAGACAUACAUUGUGAAAAGUUUGAUCUUCAAACAAAAAGACAAAAGACAUCUCCUGGGAUGCAUACCCAGAAAUUUAAGAAGUGAUUUCACAAAAGCAAGGCAAUUUUUGACCAUUCCAGGCUGCCUUCUUUGUGCUUUCCAGAAACAGCUGAAUACAUUUUUGUUUUGACAAAACUUUUCCAACUUGCUCAAUAGGUCCCUGCCAUAUAGAUGUCCAUUUUGUAUUGUUUUAAACUUGCAUUAUGUUUGUGUGUUUGUUAUGUUUGCACACUGUAUUGUAACUUUUAAAUAUAUAUUUUAUAUAUUGGGGGCAUAGGUGGAAGGUGAUUAAUUGAUUGGUUAUAAUGGCAGUGACAGAUCUAGGAGGACCUCCAAACUCCACACCUGCUCUUUCAAGGAGAGUGCAAUCCCAUCCAGAGCAGCUGUACAACCCAAUUGCCAGACCUGGGAACUGUCCACUGCUUCUUGUCAGCACUCCAUCUUAUAAAACCUCCUUGUCAGGACUCAACAAUUUAUUAGCUCUAAUCCAGCCUAUGAUUGCAUUCAGGCACCAGUUUAGGACAUGUGCAGCUGCUCUUGAUUCAGAUAUUAUAGAGUAAUAAUAUUCAUUCCAUAUAACAAAUAAUUCAUGUAUACUGUGUUAUCUGUAUGAUGUUAGGCGCUCUGAGCCUGGCUUCUGCUGGGGAGGGCAGUGUACAAAUAAUUUUAUUAUUAUUAUUAUUAUUAUUAUUAUUAUUAUUAUUAUUAUUCAACUGUGCUUUUUAGUUGGAUGGGAAAUUCCUUAAACAGCCCUGUAAUGUGAUCCAAACACCGAAAUGAGGUGAUUGCCCAUUGAACUCAUUAGAAACAUCUUGAGCUAGAGAAAGUUGGAAUCAAUGGGACCUAAGUUAGGGCAAAUCCAAUUCUGUGUUUGAAGGAUCUGAAACAGGAGAGUGCCCUCACCCUUCAUGAACACCCUCUUUCCUAGACCCAUUCUAAAAAAAUAAAAUAAAUAAAGUAAAUAAAAAAGUGACUGCGACCCUGAAGGUAGCGAAGUCUUCCUGUGGAAGCAAGCACCUCCGAUUGCUUCACAGUUCUAGCUUUCUGCAUCUGAUUUAUUUCUCCUCUUUCGAAAAAAAAUAUGGUCGGAUUGGCAGGUGGACGAUUACCUUGCGACAAUCUAGCAAGGGCUGGGAACUAUUACUCAUUGGAAAUAAAGCGCGGGGGGGGGAGAGCUUUGGGUCAUGACGUGUUGGGUCUCUUUGCGGGAUGAACUUAACAGUUUGUGGCUAUAAGUAGGCGAGGGGGCGCCCAGACUGGGGGUCUGCUGUGUGCCCCGUGGCCCUGGGAGGCUGGCAUCGGCGGGGUCGGCGCCUGGCAGUUUCGCCUGGUCCCCUUGGCAUCUCGGGCUCACGUCGCUCCGCGCCGGUCGCUGUCCACGGGGGGAGGUGCUGAAGGACGCCGGCGCGCUGCGGGCAUCCUCUUGUCCUUGGCUGCCGCCGCCUCCCCGCGAGCGGCGCUGAUUUUCCUCCCCCCGCUGCUUGGCUGCUUCUGCCGCUUCUGCAGCCAUUUUGCAACCAGCAGAGCCGGAGGCAGGGGCAGGCUGCCGGCGGAGCCGAGCGAUGGGCUAGCAGCAGCUGUUGCGGGCAGGCGAGCCGGCACCAUGGUGAAGAGGAAGAGCUCGGAAGGCCAUGACCAGGAGAGCGGCCGAGGGGUCCCGCUGCCCAUCCAGACCUUCCUAUGGAGGCAAACCAGGUAAGAGAGAGUAGGGGGCGCUACCUGCGAAGCCUCGCUGGGGAUGGAAAGGCUGGCGACCCCCAAGCAAGUGCCUCCUCCUCCUGCAACAGCAAAAGGGAGCCGUGUGUGCGCCUGGCUGUAUGGCGCUUGUUUCCAAGGGCUCGCCGUCAAAUCAAGAGGGCUGAGGCUUUUUCCUUUUCUGAUGAGAGUGCUGCGUGCUAUAAGGGGUACUUCGAGCUUGUUUUUUAGAAUUAAGGUGCUUCCACGUUUUCUCCCCCUCCCUGGCACCUGAUGCCGUCCUCCAGCUGCAGUCAGACCCAAAGGCUUCACAGCAGCUCUGCCAGUCCCCUCGGUGAGCCACACUGGUCUGUAGAACCGGUUACAUCGGUCGUCCCUGUGAGCAGCACAGUCCAGGAGAAGAAACCCCUGAAGCAAGCUAUCAAACGUCAGAAUGCAUCUGCCUUUGAGCGGUGAUGCUCUCCCACUGCCACCAUGGCACAGCAACAAGCUUUUGCUUCAGAGUGUGGUGAAUGCUGGGCUUGUGGAAUAGGCUAGUUCACCAGCUAUGGCUGUUCCUGUAUAGAAAUAAGCCUGGCUACAGUAUACCCUGCUGUAGCAACCUCCAGGUUAGAUGACUGUAAUGCACUGGGGGGAGGGGGCUGCCCUUAAAGACUGUUCAGAAGCUGCAGUUGUUGCAAAGGCGAUGGUCAGUGUGUUGACCCGUGCAGCUGCUUGGAACCAGAGAACAAUUCUGAAGAGUUUUUCACUGGCUGCCUACAUGCUUCUGAGCCCAAUUGAGGUUUUAGUGUUUAUGUACAAAGUCCUGAAUGACUUAGGACCCAGUUCUAUGAAAGAAUGCCUCUCAGCAUUUUCCUGCUCAAGAUUUAAGACCUACCAGCAAGGCUCUUCUUGUCAUUCCAUCACCAAGUGACACCUGUGGUGCUUUAGCUCAGUGAGGAGCCUUUUUGGUGCUUGUACCCUGGGGGUGGAAUGCUAUUCCCUCUGAAGUACAGCAUUAUUUAGCUUCUGCUGCCAGAUGUAAACCCAUUUCUUCCUCCAGGCCUUUAGUGGAGCUGGGUGUUGACAUGCUGAGCUACCUGGCAUUGUUAGAUGAAGCAAAUUAAGUUAUUCAGGUUGAGGUAGUUUUAUUGUUUUAUAGUCUGAUUUUAUUGUAUCUGUUUGUAUUGGGUUGUAAAACCAAUGGCACUUCUACUCAAAAGAGACCCUAUGAAAUUAAUAAGUAUUAAUGAUUAGACUUAGAUUUAAUAACUUUGGUGGGCUUACUCUUAGUAUAACUAACAUUGGAUACAACUCAUUGUAUUUAUUUGAACGUGACUCAUCAUGAGAUUGCUUGCAGUGAAGGGAGGGCUAUAAAUAUUAUAAUGAAUUAAUUCAAUUUAUAGCAUGUUUAAGUCACUUUGCACAAUUUUGUUGUUCACUACUUCACAGCAUAACCUUAUAUUGAAAUAGAAUCCUGAAGACUUUCUGAGAUAAAGCAUGGAAAAUGUCAGUUUACUAUGAUUUACACACAAACGAAAUUAUAUUUUUUAAAGUACAAUGAAAUUAAAGCCAUGCAACAUCAGAUGUAAAUACAUAAAUAUAUAACUACAACUGGUAUCACUUAUACAUCCCAUUGCUUCCAGUCAGAUAAAUCUGAUUCUGAACACAUCGUUAAAUAAUCCAUUAAAAUCAAUGAGAUUGAAAGGUGUUUCACUUUGACUGGAUAAUGCUUAGUAUAUUUAUGAAUAUAGUAUAGAAUAUUUGUUAACUUCAGAAAAUUAUUGUUUAUCAUUUCAUUUGCCUUUAUAAGCUCAGACAAACAAAACAAAAAGCAUCACUUUGCAAUAGAUAUAUUCAAAAGAUCUCUUCCUCCACACCUUUAGUGGAGCUGGGAGUUGAGAUACCGAGCCAUCUGGUGUAUAUAAUUAUAGUCCAUCAAAGGCCUUCAUAAAUGGAAUUGUUUGCAUCUAGUGCUUAAAAAAAAUAUAGUGAAGGAGACUGGGGAACAUCCCUAGAGAGAGUGUUAUACAGACAGGGGCAUCUUCCGUCGUCCCCCCCAAAACUGCCCCCAGGAAAAACCCCUCACCACCGCUGAGAAAGGAGGCAAGACUUCAGAAAAUGAAAUUAACCAAUGUCUUCAUGUUCAAGAAGUUGGUGCUUCAGCUACCUGGGCCUCAGGCAUUAAAUGAGGCAAGGGGCUGUAUUGUGUGAGUUUGGAAAGGGGACAUUUUUGGUAUCAUCUCACACUAUAACUCAUUUGACAUUUUUCAGUUAAGUUUGUUCAAGUGUUGCAUUAUCUUCUUCUCGUAUGAAAACAACAUUGACUUCUUUAUUAUUGGACUGAUCCUACAGAGCAGGCCAUGCCUUAGGCAUGUAGAGGAGAGUUUACAAUGGCUUCCACCUCACAUUAGAUCCCAGUACUAGUCACCUUUCCUUGCACCUGCAUUGCCACAGCAUCCUAAACCAGCCUUCCGCAGACUGGUGCCCUCCAUAUGCUGGCUGGGGCUGAUGGGAGUUGUAGUCCAAAAACUUAAAGAAGAUGGCAGCUUGGGGAAGGCUGUCAUAAACAUUUCCCAGGCCUGCUGGAUGACUGUUAUGAGUGGGUUACCACUGCUGUCCACUCACCUACACUGCACAUAUUUACCCUGAGACUCCCAGAAUUGAAGCCUCUGAUUGAAUGGGUCUCCCUUGCUUUUCUUUAGCGUCAGCCCACCCCACCCUGACAUGUACCAUGUACUGUUGGGAAAGGGAAAUCCCUCUGUCUCUAGUACUUACUGUAGCCCCUGCAGAAAUCUCUCAGAUGCAGCCACAUGGGGCUAUUUGUCAGCUUUGUAACAUGCAGUUUCCUUGGGACCUUGGCGUGUGAUUUAUUUAUAUAGCCACAGUGUCGUAAGUAAUUAUGCCAUUGUAACCUUCAUUGUAAUUCAGCAUGUUUAAUUGUGUUAUGUACCUAUGACCAUUCCUUUGACAAGCUUCUUUUUUCUCCCCUCAGUGCAUUUUUGAGGCCCAAACUGGGAAAACAAUAUGAAGCUUCAUGUGUGGUAUGUGACUUUCAAAUAUAUAUAUAUAUAUAUAUAUAUAUAUAUAUAUAUAUAUACGGAUUUGCAUGCAUUUCAUUAAUUUUAGUAAAGGAAACUGGCAGACUUUUGUUAAGCUCAAUGGCCCAAAUGUAGCACUUGCCUUACCAUGGCAAAAGUAGCUAAGUACAAACCAAUAUUACUAUAUAUAAAUUUAUUAUCAUGAUUUACACUGUUAGCUGUUUUAUACAAAAAAAGUUUCCAUUAUUAUGUACUGGCAAAAUCAAUAUAAUUCUGACAGAUGAGAUUCUGAGCAUGAAGAUUGCAGAGGGUGUGUGCUCAUAUCCAUUGCAGAAUCCCUGCCAGUAAGGCUGGUACACAGGUUUUAUAACAUCAGGAAGAACUUUCUGGCAGUAAAAGCAGUUUGGCAGUGGCACAGCCCCCUAGGAAUGUGGUGGACUCUCCUUCAGUGGAGGUUUUAAAGCAGAGGCUGGAUGGCCAUCUGUCAGGGAUGCUAUGGUUGAGAUUCCUGCAGUUCAGUGGGUUGCACUGGACGACUCUUGAGGUCCUUCCCAACUCUACAAUUUUAUGAUUUAAUGAACUCAGUUGUUCUUGAAGCCUUUUGGUUCUGGCUUUUGCUAAUAUAGGAUAUCAGCACCUCAUGUCAAUCACAUAUCACUGAUGCAGAUGGUUAUGCCUUGUUGUGUUUGCUGGACCUCAUCAGACAUACUAUGAAUGAUGCCCUCUAGCUUAAUGCAUGAGUUUUGACUCCCUAUGCUCUUCUGUUCAGUUGGCACAGCUACAAAUGCUACUUCAAAGAAAUAUGACCCAUUUCUUUUCAGGCUUCUAGCAUAUGACCUUGAUUUACUGAAUCACUCCUGCAGAGCAAAUAAAUCAUUUACUACUCAUGCUUUAUAUAUCAUGUGAAGAAAACACUAUUUUCCUCACUUUCUCAAAGUUCUUGAAUUCUGACAGGUACAAGCAGAAAAUUCACAACUGUUGCUAUGCUAUACUGUUUCACACAGCUGAAAUGUGGGGUUGUGGGAAUUAAUGUUUCAAUGCACUCUUCCAUAUCAAACACUCCUCCCCAAGCAUGUCAGGACAAAGCAUCCCAGUUAGCUUCCCUUGUAGAGGAUUUUGUUUCGGUCUGCAUUUUUGAGCAAACUGACCUGAUUCACACACCCUGGACUGAUGUGUGAAUUAAAAUGAAAUUAUCCUUUGGUCUUCACAUUUCUCCACAUAUAAAAACAAAAACAGACAGACACUCCUACAGGAGGCAGUUAAUCUGCUGAUCAUGUUUCAGAGUUCUGGGGAGAACCAUUGCAACUCAAGGUGCUUCCCUUUCAAACAACCCGGACUCUCACUCUCUGAAUUUUUCUCUCUUCCUGUCCAUUCAAGUUGCAGACUGGCUCCAAAACAUCACUCCUGCUUUCAGUCACCAGCUGGAGGACAUAAUCUUCCCAAACACAUUGUACUGUAUUCCAAAUGUUGGAGAGAGGGUCCUAGUUAUCAGGAGAACAACUCUUGUGAUUUGCUUUCAUAAUUUGCUCCCAUUAUGUUCUUAUUAGUAAGCUAUUAGCUUAACUAAAUAUGGUCUCCCUGCGUUCAUAAUGCCACUGAAAUACGAUCAUAAAUUCCUUUUAGGGAGCUCAUUUGCUAGCUUGCUUUUCACAGUCACAGUCCAUUACCCUACUCCAAGUACAUGGAUGAGAAGAGGGAGCAGUGGCAGUAUUAUUCAUGCAGUCCUCCAUUAUGCUAAUAUUGCUUUGAUACUACACAGUAUGUAGGAGAUGGAGUGGGAAGGUGAGGGUAGCAUGAGGACUCUGGCACAGACCACUUGGACCUACAUUUUUAACUUUCCACAAAAUGUGUCAAAGCACUUCUAGAGCACAGAUAGUCAAUGUUGUGUCCUACAGACAUUGAUGGACCAGCACUCACAAUCAGCCCCAGUCAGAAUGGCCAAUGGUCAGGAAUGAUGGGUAUGGUAGUUCAUCAAUAUUUGGAGGGCACUACAUGCUUCCCCUGCACUGGAGUAUGGAGCAGAGUAAGAGACCUGGGAGGAGGCUUCCCAUCAAUGCAGAGGAUUGCUGGGGAGAGGCAACCAGUUACUACAUUUCCAUUCUGCUCUAGCUUCCGGGCUACUACAUCACCUCCAAGGGCAUUGAGUGUUGGACCUCUGCUCUCGUGCUUCUGACUUACCAGUGUAUUUCAGAAGCAAGCCCUCUAUUAACAAGCCUUGCUGUAGCCUUUUCAUUUAAUCAAUCAGAACAUAUUGUAUAUACUCGAGUAUAAGCAGACCCGAAUAUAAGCCAAGGCACCUAAUUUUAGCACAAAAACCUGGGGAACUUGUUGACUCGAGUAUAAACCCGUUCACCACAUCACAAACCUGGUGGUGGCGGCAGCGAUGGAGGAAGAACAAGCAGCCCAAAAGGGCUCCUUUUGGGCCACUCGUCCUUCCGCCGGCGCCUCUGCCGCUCACAAGAGCAGGCAUAGGAGCCGCAGUUGGGAGAGGCACAGCACAGCGCCUCUCCCAUCUGCGGCUUCCUGUGCCUGCCCUUGCGAGAGGCGGGUGGCGGCAGCAGGACCAGGGGCGAGAAAGGGCUCCUUUCGGGCUGCUCAUCCCGCCACUGCCGCCUCACUCAAGUAUAAGCCGAGGGGGGCUUUUUCAGCAUAAAAAAUGUGCUGAAAAAGUCGGCUUAUACUCGAGUAUAUACGGUAAUUAGAUCCAAAACAUGCUUCCCAAGCUAGAUAUUGGAGCUCUUUGCUUUGUAUCAUCAUGUGGAAAUGUUCUUCCUGGCUCUGUCAGUGCUUUCUGCCCUGCUCUCCAGUCUUUUGUUCUAUUGACACUGUAAUUUCCUAAAUGUCAAGGAGACAAAGUCCUUUUCUUUUACCGUUUAAGAUUGUAACGGUCUUAUAAAAUUCAAUAGUGUCCUGUGUAUUUUUAGAAUCUGAGUUGCCAAGUUGAAGCCAUUGAAGUGUGUGAUGGUGCACUAUUUUUAGACACAUCCCUUUUGUAUUUGCUGAAUUUGUUGAUGUAUUGUGCUGUAUUUGGAGGUCACUUUUAAUGUUGUACUUUCCAACCCAACCCAAAAAUAUAGAGAUUCCCCCCCCCUUUGUCUCAUCGGCCACCAUAUAACUCAAUAUCUUCCUGUUUUCCUAUAAUAGUUAAACUUUCAGUAGCUAUGGAUGAAUGUGGGACAAAACCAACCACAGUAUUCUGUUUAAAACAAUACAUUACAACUUUAUUGACGCUUAAUUGCAAUAUUAAUACUAUGAAGUUUAUUUAAAGGAUUACUUAUAAAGCUUGUGGUUUCACUUAGUUACUGUAUGAUUAAAUAGCGCCCACAUACACAAUAGGGUUACUGUCUCUUUAAGAGUUCUCAUCCUCAGGUGCCUCGCACUCCUAGUCUGAAUCAGAGGACUCAGGAGGAACCAUAACACAGUAAUCGCCUUAGUGACCCAUACCUCCUGCAAUCUGGAGUUUUUCAGGAUUCUCUCAGGAUUGCACCUAUGGUCUUUAACUUGGUCCAGCAAUAGCUACCACCUCAAGUUCAUAAUGAACAAUGCUGUUACUUACAGCAGCUUUCUUGAAGGCUGUCUUGCUCUCAUAUUUCCUCCCUCGACUCUUUGCUCCAGUGAUAUCAGCUCCUGAGCUGGAUCUCCAACUUCCUUUCAGACACCAGCCUCUGCCACUGCUCCCUAAGCCCCUUCCAACUUCCCCACUGACCUCAGUUCCAACAAUUACUCCCCUCCAGAGCAGGAUGGAACCUGACCCUUUUUUUACAUUAAGGACUACAGUUUCCUGACCACUGUCCUGUUAGCUAGGAAUGAUGGAAGUUGUAGUCCCAAAACACCUGGAGGGCCAAGUUUGGAGAUGCCUGAUCUAGAAUCAGGGCACUUCAUUGUUACCUAAAAAAGUGGUACAGAUGGUUUGAAAGGACAUACAUAAAAUAAGUCUUUCAUAGAAUGAUAGAGGAUCAUCUAGUCCAACCCCCUGUAAUGCAUGAAUAGGCAGCUGUCCUUUAUGUCCUGCAACAUUGGCAUCAUCAACAACAUGCUCCAACCAACUGAGCUAUCCAUGGCGACACUGCAGUUUUAAAAUGUCCUGAAAAUGUCUUAACCAAGUAUUGCUACUAUUCCCUGCUGAUUAUUAUAUGAGAGUCUUGCAUGAAUGAAAAGCCUUGUUCAAACACGCUAUCCUGUGUUUAAAAAGCAAGCAAAGGACUUGUCCACACUUACUUUCCCCCGCUCUUUCCAGUCACAAUCCAUGAUUUAAAGCUCUAAGUCCGAGCACCCUGUUUAUUUUUACCCUAGAGCUUUUCCUGCAAAAACCUGCUCUUUAAGGCUCAAUCAGAGCAAGCGACAAACCAUGGAAAAUGAAAACUUAUGUUUGCUCCAAAUCAGCUUUCAAGAGCAGGUUUUUAUGGGGAAAGGUCUGGGACAAAAAAAGGAGAAAUGUUCGGUCAUGGAGUGUUAAAAGAAAUUGCUGAACAAAAGUGUGGGUAAGCUCAAAAUGUUCUUUUCUAUUACACCUUAUAAAUUUGUUCCAAAAGGAAACAAGGGGAGACUCAGGGGUGCCAACUUGAAUAAAAGAUUGGGGGGGGCAGGUAAGCCCUGCCCCACAUAAUUGAUCACGUGACAUGGUGCGCGCACACAAUUUGAAUGGCAAUGCCCAUCAACUUGGGGAGGAUAGCCCCCUCAAAUAUUUUAUUGGGGGGCAAAGCCCCUCAGCCCCUAGGAGUUGGCGCCUCUGUGGAGACCAUUGAUUUAUGUUAAUUUAUCCAUUUAUGCUACCCCACAGUGGCUUCCUGGUAGCUGUUCUUUAACUGAAGGUUUUUUUGGGGGGUUAUUUACACUUGCUAGCAAUCAAAAUUUCAGCACUGACAGGCCGAUUUUCAAUCAAAGUCUGAUUUGUUUACUUAUAAACUUAUUUAUAAGCUGCCUUUUGUGAAGUUGCCCACACAGAGACAGCUUUACAUAUCAAUGAACACAAUACCAUUGAAAACGAAACUAGGCAAUUUAAAUGGCGGCAGUACAUAAUAAUUUAAAAACAUAGCCUGGUUAAAAAUAAAUAAAACAGCAGGCAGAACAGAUUCAGCACUUUAAAAUGCUACACAUUCUAAAACAGCUCUCACUCAUUAAACAAAGGCAUAGAUUAGGAAAAAGCUAGUCCCCCCAAAAAAAUAGGUUUAAAACACCCGCUUUAAAAUUUGCAGAGUUGGGGGGGGGGGCCCUCCACGGUUACAUAAUCUUGGACCUCCACAGAAAAGCCUGUUUCUUGUGGCAGCCAACAAAACUGGCCUUAUAGACAGGCCUUGAAGAAGGGUAUAAGUGGUUCUUCUAAAUCAUUGAGGGAAGGGGGUUAUUGGUUAGCUUUUGUCUUUUUAGGUUUUUUCUAUUCUCAUUUUGCAUUUUUAUGUUGUGAACUGCCCUGUGAAGUUUUUAGGUCAAAAACAGCACUUUGAAUGGUUGGGCUUUUAUCCUUUCACAAAAACAUCUUAGGACAGUGCCAAGCAAAUGCAAAUGUUUUGAUGGGUUUCCUGAAGCAAACACUGCUGCUGCUGCUGCUGCUGUUGAUGUUACUUAAAUUGAUAUACCACCCUUCACCCAAGAAUCAUAGGGUGAUUUACAGCAUGAAAAUACAAAAUGCAUGAAACAAACAAAACAAACAAAAGUACAACCCCUUACAACUUUCAUCAGCUCUGACCAUUAGCCAUGACCUGGCUGCUCAUGGGAGUCCAACAAGGGCCCAGAAGUUCCUGACAUAUUGACAGACGUGUGUCAGCCCUCUGUACUUAAAUCUAGGAGCAAUGGGCUGAAUAGGGUUUCCAUGCAUGUGCACAUGGUUUCCAGAGAUAAUGUGCCCACUGUCCACCAUUGCACCGUGGGCCAAUCAGACUUCCUGUGUGAAGAAUGGAACUGUCCUCAUUAAAUUUACGUAUGGUACUAUUUUCAUACAAAGCAGAAAUGUUCAGUCUUUCCAGAACAUGUAAUAGGAUUGUUUUUUUUUUCUUUUUCCUCCUUCAUUUUAGUCCUUUGAAAGAGUUUUGGUUGAGAAUAAGUUGCACGGUCUUUCACCGGCCCUUUCUGAAGCCAUCCAGAGCAUUUCUCGCUGGGAACUGGUCCAAGCUGCCUUACCACAUGUUCUUCACUGCACGGCGACACUGCUUUCCAAUCGGAACAAGUUAGGUCAGUGCACAUGUUAGGAUGCUAUUAUGCUAAAAACCUAAUUAUGUUCUGUCUAGUUUAAACUGAUGGUUCUCAAAGCAGGAUAAGCUGUGGCUAAGGGAUGCAUUUACCUACCCCUUUUGAUUUCAGUUGGUUGUGAUUGAGCAGAAUGACUCCUGGUACACCCUGUUCAUUUCUCAGCUAUGUGGGUUUGGGAGAUCUAUCCUGAGAAGGGCCCAGAAGUCCUGUUUUCUUUCUCUGGCACCACUAGGUAAACAAAUUGUCUUAGGGCAAUCUGGGCAUUACAUUAAGGUUACCAGACGUUCCCGUUUCCCAGGGACAUUCCCCGAAUUUACAAAUCAGUCCCCUGACAAAAUCCUAUCAUUCCUACUGAAGUUGAAAAGUGUCUCCGGAUUCAUUGAAAAAAAUCUGGUAACCUUACAUUACAUGCCUAGGUCCCUUUGCUGCUUCUGGGUGGAUGACUGUGAGUGAAGAAUCAGGGGUGGAAGAAAAAGAACGUGUCACUCUGCCUUUACCUGCUAUUCAAAAGCCUAUUUUCAGUAGGAACACACACACACACACACACACACACACACACCCAUCAAAUUAUGGGGGGAGGGGAAGCUAGAGAGAACGUCUAGAUAAAGACUGAACAUUGUAACAGCCCAUGGCCUUGGUCUGGAGGAGAACAUUUAAACUUUCAAUUAAUUAUAUCACAGUAGUAGUUUUAGUAGCGUAGUAGUAAAAUAAAUGUUGCUUGGCCAUAAGCCAUAGCAAAACUAAUAUAUCAACAGAAGACAAAAUCCAACAACAGUGCAUAGGAAGACCCAGAACGUCUUGCUGUAUUUUCUCAUCUAGGACAUCAGGAUAAACUUGGUGUUGCAGAAACGAAGCUGCUUCAUACUCUGCACUGGAUGUUGCUAGAAGCUCCUCAAGACUGCAGCAAUGACCGCUUUGGAGGAGGAGGAGACAGGGCAUCGAGCUGGAGAGGGAGCAGCAGCGCUUUCAUCCACCAGAUUGAAAACCAGGGAUCUCCAGGGCAUCCAAGGCGUGACAGCACCAAUGAAGAGGAGGAGAACAACAGGAGGAAGUUCUUUCAGAAUUCAAUGGCCACAGUGGAGCUCUUUGUAUUCUUGUUUGCUCCGCUAGUUCAUAGGAUCAAAGUAAGUGCUUAAAGUAAAGGCUCAUCAGCACUUCUGCUUGUCCCGUGCCUAGAAAGUAUUAAAUUACUUACAAUGUCCAGAAGUGGCUACUGUGUUUCCUUCCUAGACCUCCAGUGUUGUGGGACACUCUGAUUCCAUCACCACUCCCAGAGUUCCCCUUGUCCCUGCUUUAUUUCCCUCAGGUUCACUCAUACUUAUACAGACAGAAGCAUGGAAGCUCAAGUCAGACAACCCUCCAAAUCCUGCUGUGGAGGAUUCUGGAGGAGGCCUGGACCCACAAGGGCAACCAUUCCAUCUUUCAUGUCUGGCAUUCCUAUGGUAUCUUUUCUUUUAGGAUAUCAAAUGGAGGGUGUGGCACAGUCCUUGUAAGCAACCCCUUUUCUUUCUUUCUUUCUUUCUUUCUUUCUUUCUUUCUUUCUUCUGUAUAAAAUGUUUAUUCGGUGCAUGAGAUGAUUCUUACAAUUUCUACCACCUUCAUCACAGGUAGAAUUGCAUUACAUUUUUGGAGAGUGAAAUUGGAACCAGCAAUAAGAACUUCAGAUACUCUUCCCCAACUACAGCAACACAGAGCCAAUGGCUGCUCCUACUGCCUGCACCCCAAACCCAGUCACAAGACACCUCGUGCACAACAUACCACCCCCAUGAUUGUCCACACACUUUUGUGGAUAAACCAUGUGUAAAAUGGAAUAAGAGAGUGGUUUAUAGGACAGAAGGACUCUACCUAUGAGAUUUUGGAACAAGGAAUCUCUGGGUUUAAAUAAAAAAUAUCAAUGCUCUUCUCCGUCAGAUCCACAGGUGUCCCCAUGUUCUUGUGUCCUUUUAGGAAUCUGAUCUGACUUUUCGUCUGGCCAGUGGCCUUGUUAUUUGGCAGCCGAUGUGGGAGCACAGGCAACCUGAAGUUUCCGCCUUUACUGCACUGGUUAAACCCAUCAGGAAUAUAAUCACAGGUUUGUGGUUGUGUUAAUGCAUGCAAAAGUACUUAGAAACUGAAAGUCAUAGAGAAGUAGCUGGUAAGUGUCUGUUAUAGAGUUUCAGAGGCUUCCUCAAACUUCCACCAAAGAACCGAUAGCAAAUUCUUUUGAAGAGAACCACCUCUUAAUAGUAGAUGUAGUAUCUAACAGGGCUCCAAGUCCCUAACACAGAGCUGGGGAACCUUUUCCAGACCAAGGGUCACAGUGUCUCAUGGGAAACAUUCCAGGGGACACAUGACAGUGGUGGGUGGCCAUAUGUCCAGAAUUUCCUGGAAUACUGUGGUCAAAAGCAGUGUCCGGGCAGAAAUCGGCAAGACUUCCCAGAAAAUCCAGAUGUAUGGCAUGCCAUGUCAACUUUGGCCCCCCAAAAACUUUUGUGUCUGGAUUUUCACUUUCUGAAAUAUGGCAACUCUAGCGGCCAGAGGCAAAGUAGGGGCAGUAGUGCAUGUGAAUGUAAUCUUUGUUCAGUAGUCUACUAUCUACAGACACUCAAACACCCUCUCUAUCAUCCAUCAAGAGGCAUUUGGUGGUAUUCAUUGCUGCACUAUUGCAAAAGUGCCAAAUGGAACGACACUCCCCCCUCCCGUAUACAGUUCUGGGGGUUCACACCCAGCUAAUUUCAGAGGUGCAUGGAGAAGGAUAGGGGAGAUGCCCCAUUGCACAAACUGAAGCCCUUCCACAGGGCUUUCACUGACAGAGUUAAUCAGGUGACUCCUGUGCAUUAUCAGAGUUCAAUGACACCUCCCACCCAGGUGAAAGCACUAGAAGAGGGUGUGAAGUAAGGUUGGUGAGGGUUGAAGCCUGGGGAGAGCCUGAAGGGAUUGAUAGAGAAGCCUGGGAGGCUGCAUUUGCAUGAUUCAAUAGGUUUUUGUUUGUUUUAUUUAAAAAUCCAUGCACUUCUUAGCCAAUUCCAGUGUUUCUGUGCUUUGAGUCACACAGCUUGCCUACUAACAAGUUCUUCAUUUGCCAGCAAAGAGGAGUUCUCCAAUGAAAAACCAGACUCUGACAUGUGAAUCUCCUAAUGUGGAUGCUGGACGUACAGAGGUAAUGUCUGAGGCUGUACAAUCUUUAUUGGAAUCACAGGGAGGGGAGGGGCAGUGGGGCGAGCUAAGGAACUGGGCUGAGGAAAGCAUUUUUCUGCAGGGAAGGAAGCGAUCCUGGAAAGGAAUGGGUUGUCCUUCCCACUUGCUCCUCUAGGCAGGUGAAUGUGCAAAUACCAACCACAGUCGCUUUGGGAACUCAAGAGAAGUGUAAUAACUUUAAACAAAUGCUUGCUGUAUAAUGCAAAUUAAAUCCUAGCAGAACCUGAAAUAACAAAAGCUAAAAUCCACUUAAUCCAUAUCCACUUAACCUCAGCCAUGAAAGGUUGGCUUUAAAUGAUUGCCCUCUGUAAGAGGUUCAGGCCUUUAUUCAGGAUUUCAGGGAAAGAAAGUUUCAUAAGCAGCCACUGUGAGAACAGAAUGAUGAACUAGAUAGGAGCCUUCUUGGAUCAGAUCUAUGCUAGGUGUGGAGAGCUGCCAACCAUCCCAGUAUCAUUCCACUUUAAACAGCCAUGGCUUCCCCCACAAAAGCCUGAGGACAACAGUUUAACCACUCUAAGAAUUGUUGCUCUGCACCUAGAAAGAUAACACAUCAGAGAGCUAGAACAAGUUUUACACGAACACAGUUCUUUCAAAGAACAGGUUUGAACUGUGCACUUGACAUGGACUGUGUUUCUUAUAAAGGCAAUUCCUUUCCCUUUAAUUGCAGUCUAGAGUUGCACCACCACGCUCCUCAUUUUGCAAAUAGUGUAGCAGAGUGAAGUAGAAAACAGCAACAAGAUUCCUGCAUGGUGGAUGCAAGGCAAGCUCACUGCUACACCAUGGGAGUAGAUCCUUACAGUGCAGUCUUUUAUAUAUGUGCUUCAUUCAAAGCAAGUGCAGUUUCUUUCAGUGGGUUUUACCCUCAAGAAAAUAUGCAAAGGAUUGCAGUUUCAGUGUGUAGCCUAGUUAUGCAGACUUCAACCAUUAUUCCUGCAGUGAAGCUUUCAAGGAGGACAUCUGAAUGUUCAGUUCCUCCGAUUAACAGCAAGAGUAGUUUGGAUUACAUGUUAGGCAGAACAGCAAACUGCACAUUUUGAUUGCAUUUCUCUCUGUGAAAUAUUUUUGCACCCACAGGGGCUCCAGGUAGUGUGUGAAACACCCCAGCCAGAUGCAGUGCCCCCCAGGCCUGCUUUCUCAGGCUGCCACCGUGGAAAUUCUAUUGAUGGAAGUGUGUCAUCCCAAGCCUCCCAGGAGAAAGGACCCCCCUAUCCUAGGUAAAAGCUGAUCUUCUAGAAGGGCUCCUCCUUGUCUCUCUUUUCUCCGCAUCCCUGUCCCCUUCUUCUAUGAUCAUAGGAUACUUCCCACAGUUAGAAAAGACAGAGAAAGAUUAUUUCUGUUCUAAAUAUUAAAAUGGGAGUCUUCCAGUUGUGUGAUUCUGUUUGAAAUGUAUUUGGACUAUAAAAUGUGUGUUGAAUAUAACACUAAUUUAACACCCACCGCCAUCAUUGGUGGCCUUGCUAUUUUCCAGGACUUCACUUCACAUACAGCUCUGGAGGAGACUGUGGGACGUUGGUGCCUUCCAUAUGCCCUAGCAGUGCUGUGGGAACUGCUUUUCCUUCCUCACACAGCAUUGCUGCGAAUGAGGCAGGCACCUUCCUCUCAGUUUGUCCCCUUCAAAGCUUCCUGAGGUGUUACAUCGUUGCCACUAAGGGGCAUUAUUUCUUUGCCCGUUUAAGUUUUGACCCUGGGUUGUUAGUCUCUUGUAGGAUACCAUGUUUUAAGCUGAAGCCAUUACCAAGCGGAUCGAAACACAAAUUGUUGUUUAGACAUUCAAAGACACUUUCUCUUGCAAGAAUCUCUGGCAAGCAUUUUAAUUUUUCAGAAAAAUGUUUGAAGCAUAGUGCCUGAAACAAGGCAUUCAUGUUUACUGACCUGGUCCUGACCUGUUGCCAACUAUAUUAAAAGGGCACAGCUGACUUCCCCCACCCAGGAACCUUAUUUUCUGUGAAAAAAGCAUUGAAAAGCAACUUCUGUGAUGUAGGAAAGUUAGCAGUGCCAUGCUCACAGAGAGUGGAAAUGAAGACUUUCCCCAAAUAUAUACACAGAAGGGGGGGGGAGAGACACAAACACAAACAUAAAAAUAUAUCAAAUAUUCUUUUUCCUGCUGAGCUACAGUUUUUGGGCAGCUCUCUUUACUUGAUUAUUUUUAGGCUAGUUCAGAGUGCCCAAAGGAGGAAGGAACUGGUUUUUAGACAGCAAAAAUGAGGCAGUCAGUGUCUGAAACUGAGCUGGGCGGUCGCUAUGGCAAUGAAGCUGCAGGCAGGCUCUCUAUUCUGCGUCAUUAAUUUCUCCUCAUUUGCUGAACUCAUUGAUCACUACAAAGUCAACUGGAUACGGGGGGAGGGGUAGUUGUUGCCUAGCAACAUGCAGUGAAGAAAUAAAUGUUGUUUGCUCCAGUUACUAACCCAGCAUCCAUGGAAUUAUUUUGUCCUUGAAGACCAAAUUCAACCAAAUUGCUACAUCCACAGCCUUUGGGGGUCGUGGUAGCUGAGUUGAGUCAGCACAGAGUUGAAAUUAAAAUUCAGAAGACAUGAAAAUGUCUAGAUUUUUUUAAAGGCAGGUUUAUUCAAGAGAACAUAGAUUGGCUUUUUGGUAGAUAUCCUGAGCUUUUUUUUUUUUUUGAACUUUGGCGUUCUGUUUCUGAAUAUACUAUAUGCAGUCUACUAUUUGUCCCUAAUGUAGUCCCCAGUCCAAAAGAACGAGUCACCCUCAGAGUUCAUAGCCACAGUCUGAGUGACAUGUAGAAAACUGGGAGGUGGGUCUUUGAUGACAAGUAGACUGGGAAUUUUAGCAAGGCCACUUCUGCUCCAGCAAAAAUUAAUAUAAGGUAACGAUUCUUAACCAGCAGAGCAACCUUAUCCGUUUGUUAACUUUCUUAAUCUCAAAUAAAUUAGAUAUACUUUUUGUAUUAUUUUUCAGUCUGUUUGUUAAUGUUAAUGUUGUCCUAGUGCUCAUUAAUAGGGAAGAAUCAGGUGUAAGAUGCACAAUCUGUUUCUCAGCAAGGAUUAAACACUCUUAGGUUUUGGGAUUUGUGCCAACACCAGUGUUUAUUGUUUCUCUACCAAUGCAGCUUUAUCGGUACAAAUUCUCAAAGCAAUUUACAAAACCAUAAAAUAACAGAGCAUUAAAAAACAAUUUACAAACAAGAUUAAAGAGCAACUAAAAAUAGAUCACAGUAUACCAGCGGAUUAAUCACUGGAGGGGGAACAUAACAAAACACACAUGAAUUCCUUUUGAAAAAACAAAAACCAUUUUGGUUGACCUAAUGAAAGUAUCACCCUUAUAUUGAUUUCAGACUAUACAAGUGUCCCUAUUUUCCGGGGACAUACCUGAUUUAGAGAAGCUGUCUCAGUUUCUGAUUUGAUUCCAGAAUGCCCCACUUUUCUUUACGAUGUCCCUACUUUCAUUGAAGAAAUGUUGGAGGGUAUGGAGUUAUUCGACCCCUGAGCCAUCUGAAGCCAAUCCUGCAUAAGGAAGUUUUCUUAAUGUUUAAUGUUUUAUUAUGUUUUUAUAUAUGUUGGAAGCUGCCCAGAGUGGCUGGAGCAACCCAGUAAGAUGUGUGGGGUAUAAAUAGUAAAAUUAUCAUUAUGGAAUGGGACGUCCCUAUUUUCAUCAGAGAAAUGUUGGAGGGUAUGCAAUUUUGGAGUUUUCCUUAUGAGCCAACAUGACUACCAUCCUUUUUUUUUAAAAAAAAUAAUUUUUAUUAACAUUUCCCCCCCCCCAAAAAAAGAAAACAUAAGUACAAAAUAAUAAAUAAAAAAUUAAAUACAAUAUUCUUUACAGUUAUAUAUAGUAUCAUCUUAUCUACAUUGCGUUAGAUCACGCCUCGACUUCCCUCCUUCCCAGUUGCGGUUUUCUUAUUAUUUCUUAUCUUUUACAGUUUCUUCAUAUUCUUUAUAUAUAUAUCACAAGAGUUAAGUUAAUCCUGCUGUAGUCCUUAAGCUUCUACAGUUAGUUUCUAUAUAUGUAACAAAUUUGCUCCAUUCUUCUACAAGCUUUGAUACUUUUUGGUUUCUAAUCCUAUGUGUCAUUUCGCUAAUUCCGUACAUUCGAAUAGUUUUACCUGCCAUUCCAUAACAGUUGAAAUUUCUGAUGUCUUCCAUUUUUUGCGCUACUAGAACCCUAGCUGCCACCGUUGCGUACUGAAAUAACUUAUGAUCAAUCUUUUUUAUUUCAUCCCCUAUUAUCCCUAAUAAGAAUGCCUCUGGCUUUUUUGGAAAGGUAUACCUGAAGAAUUUCUUUAAUUCAUUGUAUAUUAAUUCCCAGAAUCUUUUCAUUUUCUCACGUGUCCACCACAUAUGAUAUAGGUCUCCAUCUUUACUUUUACAUUUCCAACAAGCCUUAUUUCCCAUUUUAUACAUUUUUACUAAUUUAACUGGGGUAAUAUACCACCUAUACCUCAUUUUUUCUAGGUUCUCCCUUAAAGUGGAACAUGCCGUAAAUUUCAUUCCCUUAUUCCAUAAAUUUGUCCAUUUAUCAAAAUCUAUAUUAUAACCCAGGUCAAUUGCCCACUUUACCAUCAUCUCCUUAAUUUCCUCAUCUUUGGUAUCCCAUUCCAGUAAAACAUUAUACAUCUUCGAUAGAAGUUUUGUUUUCGCUUCCAAAAUUUCUGUUUAAUAUUUAGAUUUUUUCUCACUAAAUCCUGAUUUUUUAUCUUCAUUCCAUAAAAAGGACAGCAGUUUAUCCUCUUCCAUAACAGUCCCAGCCAACAGAAGGUGUAGCUACUUCUACUAUGGGGCAAGGUGAGGCAGCCACCUCAGGUGUCAGGAUCCACAGUGGCAGCAAAUUUGGCCUCUAAGCAAUGCAUUGCCUACUGCUGCCACUGCUGCACUGCCCCCGCCCACCCCUGCCCCCAAAGUAGUUCUUCACACACACCCUUGUGCCUGAUGUAGGUGUUCACUCGCCCCUUAAUCCCUGAUGGGUGGGGCGACACCAUUUUGUGGUUCAACUCAGGUGCCAAAAUGUCAGGGCUGGCCCUGGUGUGGCAGACCUCAUGUUGCAUUAUUCUCCAGCAGUCUUUGGCAUUGAUGUACAACCUCAGCUGCAAUAGACCCUGGGGAAAAGGGAGAUGACUCUGGCAGCAAUCUGGGGACCCUCUUUAGAACAGGCAGGCGAGUGCUCUUGAAAGGGCUCAGCACUUGUGGAAAAUUCACUGGAAGCGCAACAUCUAGGGUUCACAAAAGCUGGGCUAGAAGCACUAAUCAAUUAACUGGUGUGACUUAUUAAUUAAUCACACAGUUAAUAUGUGGGUGCCUGGUCAGAUUUCCGUAGGAGAGGGUGCUUAGGGUUGAUUGGAAGUGAUGCAAAUGCAGGUAGUUCAUAGUAGUACAUAUUUUAAUCUGUAAGCAGGGUAUAAAUAUAUAAUAAUAAUAAUAAUAAUAAUAAUAAUAAUAAUAAUAUAGUAAUAAACCUUCCUUGGAAUCACAAUUAGUCACAUUCUUUAUUCUUCUCCUUGACCUUAAGCUUUGAUAGAAAAGCUAUAUUUCAAGACAGCUUGAAUACUGAAUAGUUUGUGCCAUUUUACGAAUUAUAUGUUUAGAUUGCAGAGUUAAGCUUUUCUGGUUAGAAUUUGAUAUCUUCUGCUAAUAAGGUUGCUAUUAACUUAAGCAGCUUUCUCCAGACUGAAGUAAGCAGUUUGUCCUUUGACUUGUCCUGUAAUAAGAUGUACUUGGGAGCCCUUAGGGGUCUGGCUGCUUCUAUAGUUCAAAGCAUUUGUUUCUUUAUCAUUUGUUGACAGGGUGUCUUUGGUCAUCCCACCAUGCCAAAAGUCUCGGUAUGCUACCUAUUUUGACGUGGCUGUAUUACGCUGCCUACUUCAGCCACACUGGUCCGAGGAAGGCACUCAGUGGUCCCUGAUGUAUUACCUCCAGAGGCUGCGGCAUAUGCUGGAGGAAAGGCCUGAGAAAUCUCCUGAGCCAGAGGUCCCACCGUUGCCCAGGCCUCGCAGCAGUUCCAUGGUUGCAGCAGCUCCAUCACUGGUGAACACUCACAAAACACAGGUAAGGACAACGGGACAGCCCACAAAGGUUUGGGGGUGGUGUGGCUAACAUGUCUAUAGUUUUAGGUCUUAUGGCCUGGUCAGAAACCUGGCCGGAAUUUUAGACCAACCAGGGAAGAAGUACACAUAUAAUUUAGCUGCCUUUCUAGGUUGCUGCUCUUUUGUUCAUUUGGAAAUAAACAAAAUAUUCCUUUGAUUUUUAGGAUUUAUUUAUUUAAAAUAUUUUUACACUGUUCUAUUGACAAUUUCAGUGCAGUGCACAAUAAAAUACAACAGUAACAACAGUAAAAAAAAAUCAUUAAAAACCACUCAAUUUUUGAAACAUACACAGCAUUCAAAUUACUGAUUGAACAAAAAUAUGUUUGCCUGGUUCCCAAAACAUUGCACUGGGGGAUACUGGGCAAGCCUCUUUAAGGAGAGCAUUCCAUAAUUGGGGUACCACCCCCCAAAAAGCCCUUUCCCUUGUUUUCAUAUAGUGUACCUCUGAUAAAGGUAUAAUGAAGGAUGGUUUCAGCAGAAGAUGUUAAUGCACUGGCAGCUGAUACGGAAAGAGGCACCCUGUUAGUAUUAUAAGCAGCAGAUAUAAAAUAUCUUGACUCACCACUAUUACUGUGUUCAAAGAGGAAUGUAUAGAACCAAACAUGAGUUUAGAAUUGCAAUGAGGCAUGUUUGAAUGGUUGCAGACCUGUAAGGAUACAUUAAUUAGUAACAAUUACACAGUGAAGAGAAUUACAGAAGUAGUGAAAAGUAUGUGUAACUGUAAUAUUUACUACACAUGCAGUAUUUCUAGAAUGUACAAAAAUAUGUUGCAUGCAUUAUCUGUGUGAUCUGGCCAAUAAAUGUUAUUUCCCCAAUAGAGCAGCUAUGGAACUGAGAGACAGUCUCUUAGACACCCAACUAUGCAAACUCCACACUAGUGCCAUGACAGUGAAUAAGGGCUGUGGGUAGCUGAUAUUUACAGCAAAUUGGAGCAUGCAAAGGUUCCUUGGGGUGGGAUUGACCGAAGGGGGCAACGGAAUAAAAACGGAUCCCUUUCCUUUACUCUUGCAAAGCUGCCUUAGCAGAUCAGCCUCCCAUUGCUCCCAAAACGAGAGGCAGAAAAAGGGAUUGGGCUCAGAUAAAACUUUACUCUUGGUCAAUGCUAUCCCACCCACAGCAAUUAUUUAACGACAGACCCUACAUAGCUUCCCUCUACCUCUGAAUUUCUUAUUUUGGGGAAGGACGUAAACUAAGCAAAGAGAUUAUGCGUUUGCAGCUGAGUGCUGCCAUCUGCUACCCAGGACAUUCCCUGCCAGCAUGAGGGAAGUGUACCUGGCUUAACCUAGUCGAGAGCCAUCUUUCCCAUAGGGCUUAGUGGUGCAUUGCGCCAGGGUGCCGGCCUCUCAGGGGCACCCCAGCGAGUGGGGAAACUGCGGGUGUGCAGCUUGCCUCCCAAGCCUCUGCGGAAGGAGAGUGAUCCUGCAGCGGCAUGGGGGAGAGUUGCCCCCCCCAUGGCUGGCAGUGCGCAGCUUUGCCCCCCCCCCACUAUCCGUGGUAAUUUGGGGGCGCUGAGCAGAUAUUUGCACCCCGGCAUUGCAUCUGCUAAAGACAGCCCUGACCUAGGCUGUAGCAGGUUUGGAUGAAAGAUGGGGGAUCUGCCUAUUUUCUCUGCUUUUUUCUUCAGGUUUUUGUAGACAUUUCCCCUCCCCCUAGUGGCUCUUUUGGUAGCCACAAGUAGACAUUGAAGCUUCUCUAUGGCUGAAGAAAAAAGAAUAAUAUAGCAUAAAUCUGUCAGUUGGCUGUUGGGAAAUAUUCUCCAGCUUUUCAAAUAUAAUAUCAGUUGGCAUUUGAGAAGAUGAAAGAUGAAAUUAAAUGGAGUCAGUUUCCCUUUUUUAGUCAUUGUUGCGAGUUAAACUGGAGCACAACUUUGUUGGCUUUUGGGAAUCUGAUUGAUGGUCAGCAGAUCUGCUGCCUGUUGUAGAAAUGUGUGCUAACUUACACUAUGCUUACACACCAGAAGCCUCCAGUGUUCUCACCCAAAGGAAAGAAAACACCAAUUGUGCUAACCUUGGAACUGAGGAAUGGGGAGUAUGUUACAACAUAAUAAGAGAUUAUUAUGUUUAUAUUAUGUUAUUUGGCUGUUUAUCCAGUCUUCCUAUACAUGGUAGUAUGUUUCUUGUCUCUCUGCGGACGUAUAGGAUCUCACAAUGAAAUGCAAUGAGGAGGAAAAAUCAUUAAGCACUGAAGCUUUUGCUAAAGUGUCGCUAACCAACCUGCGCAGGCCAGCUGUUCCAGACCUCUCCUCUGAUUUGGGAAUGAAUAUUUUUAAGAAGGUAAAUGAAUCACACCUUAAAUUAACAUAUUGGAUCUCUUCCCUUAAUUACUUAAUGCUGUUAUUUGCUAAAGGUGUGGACUGCAUAAACUACAUGAAGGCCGACCCUCACUGAACUAAAGCGAUCUAACUAGGAAAAUUCAGGCAAAGAGCUAGUGUGGUGUAGUGGUUAAGAGCAGUGGACUCGUAAUCUGGUGAACCGGGUUCACUUCCCCGCUCCUCCACACGCAGCUGCUGGCUGACCUUGGGCUGGCUAGUCACACUUCUCUGAAGUCUCUCAGCCCCACUCACCUCACAGAGUGUUUGUUGUGGGGGAGGAAGGGAAAGGAGAAUGUUAGCCGCUUUGAGACUCCUGAAGAGGAGUGAAAGGUGGGAUAUCAAAUCCAAAAAGGACUAGCCAGGACUAGCCGCCUGAAAAACAGUUUCUACGAUAAUGCAAUUCUGGUUCUAAAUGCAGCAUAAGGGGUUUCUGUAGUAUAGUGUGUUUUAAAAUGGGGUUUUAGAGUUUUUAGGGGUUUUUGAAUGUUUUAUGUAGUUUUUAUGUAGUUUUAUGUAGUUUUUAUGUAGUUUUAUGUAGUUUUCAAUUUCAUUGUUCCGCAAGGGACAAUGACAAUAAAGAUAUCGUAUCGUAUCGUAAAAAAAAGAAAGUGAUGAAUCUAAAUGAUACCUUUGUGCAGUAGGCUAAUAACUACACACUCCUUCACACCCCUCUUUAUCUGCCAGCCAGGCAAGCAAGAGGUUCAAGGACACAUUCCAAACACACAAAGAAACUUGAGCAGGGGUGCAGAUUGGGAGUCUUGAAAGACAAAGUGGCCUCAGAGGCACACACAUUCUUCACCUGGGAUAGCUCAGUUGGUGGGGUUAUGAGACUCUUAAUCUCAGGAUUGUGGGUUCAAACCUCACGUUGGCCAAAAGAUUCCUGCGUUGCCGGGGGUUGGACUAGAUGACCCUUGUGGACCCAGUCGACUCUACCGUUCUUUGAUUCCAUGAUUCAGGUACUGGAACCUGAGGUUCCCCACCUGUGUCUUAUGAGUUCUGCUGCUAAGAUUUCUUCCUGUCUUCUUCCUGCAGUUCAAGAGCCGUAAAGAAGAUCGCGAGCGCAAGGGCUCCAUUCCUUACCACCACACAGGGAAAAAGCGGCAGCGAAGGAUGGGGGUGCCCUUCUUACUCCACGAAGACCAUUUGGACGUGUCACCUACUCGGAGCACCUUCUCUUUUGGCAGCUUCUCGGGGAUUGGAGAAGACAGGCGUGGCAUUGAGAGAGGAGGGUGGCAAACGACCAUCCUAGGUGAAUGAGAACAUGGCCUUCAGAGUAGAGAGCUCUCCAGACCCUGAAUGCACUAGAAUGUCCUGUUGCUUUUACGGACCAAAGGAUACUGUUUGAUUAUGACUUAGCAAUCUAAUCUGAUUUAAUAUUUUAGAAAUUGCAGUGAAAUUUGUGCCAGCUUUAUAGCUGAACCACACAUUUCUCUUGUUUGUCUGGGCUUAAUAACUAUGUUAAUAUGAAUAACUAUGUUUAAAUAUUUAAUGAUUUCAACAAACUGGGGGCAGAACAUUUCCAGACAUGCUCAUUGAUCCUGUCUUCACAGUCCAAAUCCUGCAGCUUUUAUAUCACCCAUUCACUGUGUUCAGUCCCCAGAAAACGUUUGCUUGGUGCAUUUCUAUCCCAUCUAUUUUCAGCCAACAGACCCAAAUGUGGCUUGAUCGCUGCAGCUUGCAAACAUGAUCAUUUUGCAAAGCAUCCUCAUUAAUAACAUUGCACUAUGAGCGUAACUGUGUGCUUCUUUCCCAUGCUCUAGGAAGGUUUACCAGGCGAGGUAGUUCCGAUACAGCUACAGAGAUGGAGAGCUUGAGUGCUAGGCAUUCCCAUUCCCAUCAUACCCUGGUUACUGACCUGCCAGACCACUCCAACAGCCAUGGUGAGAUUCUAUUCCAAGAGAGAUUCUAUUCCAAUAAUAUAAUUAACUAUUAUACCUGCUGUCGGCGUGCAUCUGUCUCAAAAGACAGUGGAGUGCACCUCAUGGGUGAAGUCAAACACCUGUGUUAGCAGCACUGAAGUGACCUCCCCAGGGUGCAAGUUGAUCCGGAAGCUGCAGUUGGUGCAGAAUUCUGCAGCAUGAUUGCUGACAGAAGUGACACCACAUAACACCUGUGGCCAGAGAUCUGCAUUGGCUGCCAAUUUGUUGGUGGGCCAAGUUCAAGGUAUUACUAUUACUAAAUAUUACUAUUAAAGCCCUUAAGAACUUUGGAUCAGUUUACCUACAAGAUCACCCUACCCUGCAUGCACUCACUAGACCACUUGAUUGGAGGAACUGGCACUACUGCAAGUGCCACAUGAUACCUGUUCCACAUUUGGAACUCAAUUGUUCAGUGUGGCAGUGCCUGCAUUUUGGAACUCCCUGCCUAUUGAGAGCAAACAAGAGCCUUCACUGUACCCUUUUCGGAGCCUGCUAAAAACAUUCCUGUUUUGACAGGCCUACCCAGAUGCUUAGAAAGCUGAGGUAAUUCUGUUUUGGCAUUUUAACUUUUGUAUGUUUUAAAGUAGGGUUGUAAAAAAUUAUUGAUUUUCUUGUUUUAUCUUUUGUAAACCGCUUUGAGGGUUUUAGGGUUUUUUUCAAACAAGUGAUGAAUAAAUUUUAUGGGGGGAAAACAAAAGACAUAAUAUAAAUACAUUACCCCCCUUGUGAAGCUAACAUUAUCUGUUGUACUUCUGCCUAGUACGUUCCCAAAUUUCCACCAUCACAGUGGCAACAUUCAACACCACUCUGGCCUCUUUCAAUGUGGGGUAUGCAGACUUCUUCAGUGAGCACAUGCGCAAGCUCUGUAACCAGGUGCCCAUCCCAGAGAUGCCCCAUGAGCCCCUGGCUUGUGCCAAUCUCCCUCGGAGUUUGACGGAUUCCUGCAUCAACUAUAGCUGCCUGGAGGAUACAGACCACAUCGACGGGACCAGCAACUUUGUCCACAAGAACGGCAUGCUUGAUCUUUCGGUAAAUAUUUAUGGCAAUACUCAUUCUGACAUUAGCUACUGCAUUUUUUAUUUUCUUCCCACCCACCCCAUACAUUUUUAUUAUUUUCUUUACAUAUUCUUUCUUAUCGUACUUUAAACAACAUAUACACCUUUUUGCUCUGCCAAGCUUGUGAUUUCCCUCCCUCCCUUCAGAUGGUAUCCUUUAUCCACUCUCGUAUUUUAUCUUUUCAUAUCUUAUCUUAUCUACAUUGUAGGAGUUACUUCAGUCCUGCUAGUGUUUUUAAGUUUUUACAACUGUCCUUUAAAUAUUCAAUAAAUUUACUCCAAUUGUCCUGGAAUCUCCGAUCGUCCUGGUCCCGAAUCCUUCCGCUCAGUUUGGCUAGCUCCACAUAGUCCGUCAUCUUCGACUGCCACUCCGCAAUGGUAGGAACUUCUUGCGAUUUCCAGUUUUGGGCCAACAAAGUCCUUGCAGCAGCUGUGGCAUACAUGAAUAAUCUUUGAUCUUUGAUCUUAAUUUCCUUUCCCAUCAGGCCAAGCAAAAAGGCUUCUGGCUUUUUGGGGAAGGUAUACUUUAAUAUUUUCUUAAGUUCAUUCUAAAUCAACUCCCAAAAUUUCUUCACUUUAUCGCACGUCCACCACAUAUGAUUGUACAGUGGUACCUCAGGUUACAUACGCUUCAGGUUACAGACUCCGCUAACCCAGAAAUAGUGCUUCAGGUUAAGAACUUUGCUUCAGGAUGAGAACAGAAAUCGUGCUCUGGCGGCGCGGCAGCAGCGGGAGGCCCCAUUAGCUGACGUGGUGCUUCAAGUUAAGAACAGUUUUGGGUUAAGAACGGACCUCCGGAACGAAUUAAGUACUUAACCCGAGGUACCACUGUAUACACAUUUUUGCAAGGCAAUUUUCCUUUCCUUUCAGAACCGUACAUGCCGUAAAUUUCAUACCUUCAUUCCAUAAUUUUAUCCAUGCAUACAAUUCAAUCUUAUGCCCAAAAUCUAUAGCCCAUUUUAUCAUAGCUUCUUUCACUUCCUCAUCUUUCGUAAACCAUUCUAGCAACAAAUCAUACAUUCUGGAUAGUGUUCUACCUUCUGCUUUCUAUUAAUUUGGAAUCUUGAUUUUUUACCCUCAAAUCUGACUUUCCUUUUACCCUCACUCAUUAUGUCAUUUACCUGAUGGUAUUGCAACCAGCCUGUUAACAUACCUUUGAUUUGGUCGUAUGGUUUAAGCUUUAAUCCUUGUUCCGUUCGUCUGAUAAUUUCCUCAUACAUUGCUCGCCUCCCCUCCAUAUUCACCUUUUUAACCGUCAAUACCUCUAUCGGUGAUAUCCACCAUGGAGUUUUCCUUUCCAGUAGGUUUUUAUUCCUUUCCCACACUUCAUAAAUUGACCUUCUAAUCACAUGAUUUAAAAACCCUUUAUUAACUUUUACUUUGUCAUACCAUAGGUACGAGUGCCACCUGUACUUAUUAUCGUGACCCUCUAAGUCCAAGAGAUCUGUGUUUUCCAGUGUUAUCCAUUCCUUCAACCAUACUAGACAGGAUGCCUCAUAAUAUAGAUUCAUGUAUGGCAAGGCGAUCCGCCUCUUUCUUUUUUGUCUAUUAAUAUUUUCAUUUUAAUCCUCUGCUUUUUCCCUUGCCAGAUGAAUCUUGAUAAUGAUUUUUGCCAAUCUUUGAGUUGUCCCAUCCCUCUGAUUACUGGAAUUGUUUGGAUUAGGAAUAGCAUUCUAGGUAAAACGUUCAUCUUUAUCACUGAUAAUUCUACCCAGAAAUGACAAUUUCAAUGCUCCAAAUAUCUAAAUCCCUCUUAAUUUCUCCUUCCAUGUGUUUUCAUAAUUGUCUUUGAACAGAUUAAUAUUUUUCAUUGUCAACCAAAUUCCAAGAUAUUUCACUUUCUUAACCACCAUAAUUCCUGACCUGCAUUGCGAUUCCUCUAUUUCUUCUUUAUUCAUAUUCUUUGCUAACAUUUUGGUUUUAUUUUUGUUAAGUUUAAAUCCUGAUACCUUUCCAAAGUCCUCCAUUCUCUCUAAAGCGUCUCUUACACUGUUCUUUGGAUCUUCAACAGUUAAGACUAAAUCGUCGGCGAAGGCUUUCACCUUGUGCUCUUUUGUUCCCACCUUUACACCUCUGAUUUCUGACACUUCUCUCAAAUUCUUAUUCAACACUUCCGAAACAGUAAUAAACAGCAAGGGUGACAAAGGGCACCCCUGCCUAGUACCUUUGGAGAUCUCAAAAUUGUCUGAUAAAUUAUUGUUAAUAAUAAGUUUGGCUUUUUGCUCUGAAUAUAUAGCAUCCAUGCCUUUCAAAAACAUUUCUCCUAAUCCCAUUAUUUUUAAAUUUUCUUUCAUAAAGUGCCAUUGUAACAUUAUCGAACGCUUUUUCGGCGUCACUAAACAUUAACGUCGCCUGUUUUUCAUUUCUCAUCUCCAAUAUUCAAUUAUGUCUACUAUAUUUCUCACAUUAUCCUUCAACUGUCUUGAUCAAGCCGGCUUGAUCUUUGUGGAUUACUUCAUUUAACACCUUUUUUAGUCUAUCAGCCAGUAUAUCCGCAAAUAACUUAUAGUUGUUCAAUAACGAAAUAGGCCUAUAGCUUUUCACGUUCAAACCAUCUGUGUCUUUCUUUGGGAUCAAGGUAAUGUAGGCUUCUUUCCAAGUAUUUGGGAUCUUUCCUUCUUUCAGAAUAUUGUUCGUAACUUCACAUAGCACGGGUGUUAAUUGACCUGCUAAUGUCUUAUAAUAUUUUGCUGAGACGCCAUCUGGGCCUGGGGCUUUUCCAAUAUUCAUUCUUUUUAUUGCCUUCUCAAUUUCUUGUUCUGUUAUUGUCUGAUUUAGCUGUUCUUUUUCUCCUAUGGGAAUCUGCUGUAAUUUAUGCUUUUGUAUACAGUUUUCUAUUUUCUUAACGUCUUCCUUCUCUUUUUUAUACAAGUCCAUGUAAAAUUUCUGAAAAUUUUUCCUAAUUUCCUUAGGCUCUUCCACUGUCCCAUCUACAUCUUUUAUCUUACAAAUUGUAUUUUGUUUUUGUUUAACCUUUAAUUGCUAUGCCAAGAGUUUCCCAAUUUUGUUGGCCAAUUCAAAAUUCCUUUGUCUCAUUGUCAUUAUUCUCCACUCUACUUCCUGGUUUACCACCAUGAAGAACUGGGUCUGCAACAAUUUAAUACUUUGUUUUAUUGACUCAUCCUUUAGUUUUAUUGUUAGCAGUCUCUCAUUCUCCAUGAGGUGAGCCAGGAUUUCUUCUUUCUUCUUCUCCUUUCCUCUUUUCUGAAAACUGUUCUUUUGAAUCAAGAAACCUCGCAUCACUGCUUUGCUUGCAUCCCACACUGUUUCAAUAGGAGUUCCUUUAUUUAAAUUCCAUUUAAAAUAUUCUGCAAUUGCCUCAUUUGCUUUUUCUACUAUCUUUUGAUCGUUGAAUAAACUUUCAUUCAUUCUCCAUCUGAAAGAUGUGGGGUCUUUCCCUUUUAGUUCCAUAUAUAGUGAAUUAUGCUCCUUGGGGAGAUCUCAGUUUUUGAAACUCUUGGAACCAACUCCUUAGAAAUCCAAAGUUAUUCCAUUCUGCCAGAACUUUGAUUUGGUUCUGAAAAGAACGUGAACUGUUUUGUUGUUGGGUUUUUGAGUCUCCAAAUGUCAAUUAAUCCCAUAGCAUUUACCAUGUCAAAGAAUAUUUUCGGUAGUUUGCCUUCAUUUACAUUUCAUCUUUUCCCUGAUCUGUCUAAAUCUGGCAUAACCACUCCAUUAAAGUCUCCCAUUAACAUCACUUUCUGAUCCAUACUAUCUCUAAUAGUAUUUCAUUAAGUUUUAGGUAAAAGUCAGCUUUCUUGUCAAUAGGUGCGUAAAUUCCCGCAAUGAUCAGCUUUUCACCUUGGAACAUGAUUUGUACAAUCAACACUCUCCCUACCUCAUCUUUGUAAAUUAAUUUUGGAUUGUAUUUCUCUUUUAUGUACAAUACCACCCUUCAUUUUUUAUUUAUGUCUGAGGUUAUAAAGUCUCUCCCCAACCUUUUGUUACUUAAAAUCUUUUUAUGUUUCCUUGCAACAUGUGUUUCUUGCAAACAAAUUUUGUUCUAAAUUCCGUUUAAUCAAAACAUGUUCAGUUUUAUUCCUUUUAUUUUUAUUGUUAAGUCCAUUCACGUUCCAUGAUAUUAUUUUCAGAGCCAUUAUCCAAUUUAUUUAAGUCUCUUGUCAAAUUUAAGUUAAGUUUGGGGAGCUUUGUUAUUAUCCUCUUUUUCUUCUUCCUCCUCCUCCUCCUCCUCUUUUUCUUCUUCCUUCUCUUUUUUCUUUUUUUCUUCCUCCCUCUGGUCCCGUCCUGGUCUUGCUUUCUCUAUUUUUCCCAACUCUUUGUCAUAUCUCUAGGAGAAUUUCUCUAGUUCUUGAAGGCUACUUAAUUUGAACCUUUUGUCUUUUUAAUAGAAGGAAAUUCCUUCCAGGAAUUCCCACCUAUGCUGUUUCCCAUUUUUUUUUCAACAAUCCAACCAGUUGUUUAUAAAUGUCCCUUUUUCAUAAAAAUCUGGAUGGAAUAUCUUUAAAUAUGAUAAUUUUCUUCCCUUCAAUACAUAAAUUUCUAUUAUAAUUCAAUCUCAGAAUUUCAUUCCUCAUAUCCAUUGAAUUAAACAUGACCAAGACAUCUCCUGGUAAUUUCUUCACUUUUGCUUUUGCUGACUUUACUUUUAUUCUAAAUGCAUUUCCAAUUGUAAAUCUGAUGUCUUCUUCUUUUAAAUAUAUCCAAAUUGGUAAUUCUCUAAUUAUUUUGGCCCUUAUAUUCUAAUUUGCUUCCUCAGGGAUUCCUCUAAAUUUCAAGUUCAAUUGUUUUUGUCUCAUCUCCAAAAGAGCCAUAUUAUCCAACAUCACUUCUUGUGUUACCUCUCCUCUGACCUGUUCUGUCUCCCUCUUUCUCUCCUUCAAUUCUUUCUAUGUUUGUCUCAUUGAGUCUUCCAGUGUCUUAGAUCUAGCUGCAAUAUCUUUUACUUUACUUGUCAAUUCCCUCACUACUCCCUCUAGUUUCUUAUCUAAAGUCUCCUUAACCUCCAAUAUUUUUUCUCCAUAUAUUGUUCAUUUUGUUUGAAUUUCUUCCUUAUUUCCACUAUUAAACUGUCAUAAUCUUUAAUUUCCUUACCAGCCUUUCCCAUUUUCCUGUCUUUCCCCUGGGGUGCCGGUUCCCUUUUUCCCAGCCAUAGAAUCUUUUUUACUGUUAAAAUCAAUAACCAAUUUUUAAAUUCUCCUAUGCAAUUUUACUAUCCUCUUCCAGGGGUUGCAAAUCCAUUCUAACUUUUCUCUUAGGUACAGUUCCCCUCAACUCCACUCGGUGGCAGCUAAUGCAUAAACGCCAAGUCCUUAAACAAAGUUACUUUCGAUUUCUUUCUCUACCACGAUGCUGUGUUCAAAGAAAGGAAAGGAAGAAAAUAAAAAGAUAUUUGUAAUCCAAUUGAAGUUUAUUAUUUUUCAGCCACUUGUCGGCUUAAUCCAAAACAGUGGAUAUCCCAGGAGACCAAAUAUUUGCCAUCCAGUUGGGGUUUUUCUUAUUUUUCAGCCGCUUGUUGGCUUAAUUCAAGGCAGUAGAUAGCCCAGAGAACCGACACAAAUUCCAAAUGCAAUUAAAUACAGAGUUUCCAGCACUCUCCUCCGAUAGAAGAGCAGAGGUUUUUUUUAAAAAAAGUCCCGACGACAAAGCUCCCUUCCCCUAAACUGUGAUAAACCAAGUGAAAGCCUUUAGCCAAGUCUUACACUUUUCCAAAGUUCCACAAUAGUUCACUAAUCAAAGCCUUUGCUGAUUUUUGCCCGCUAGAACUGGCAAAACUUUCUCCAUCAGAAAAUGGUGGAGUGUGUCGAGUUCGGAUUUUAAGCCACUGACAGGUUGAACUCCGACCAGAACCAAAAAGGAGACUCCUCCACUCUACUUCACUCGCCACAAAGUUAUUUCUUAUAAAAAAAUCAGCCUUCGCACUUUAAACAAAGUAACUGAGGUCUUUUAGUAACACUCACUCAGCAGAUACUUUCUUUCCUUGCUCCUUCCUGCAGCCUUCCGCCAUACGCCCUCUUCUCCCAGCUGCCGGGACGGACUCCCUUUUUUCGCCCCUCAACGCUCCAAAUCUUAAUAAGUUAAAUUUUAACGCGAUGGUCAAAUAAACUUUCCCAAUUAUAGUUCCAGGUUCUUUUUUUUUAUUCUUGGAAGCUCGCCACUUUCAUUAGAAGCCUGAGACUGCGCAGUGCGGGGUUAGUGCUGCCUCCCCUUCGUGCCUGCAGCUUGAUCCCGUCUCUGGAUUUAUUAGCAAAACCCGGGGAGCAGGAAAGCACGACCGGGCACCGCCGGGUGCCAUGUCCCCCAAGAUAAUCCUCUUGAGGUUCCGAGGUCCGCCUAGCCUUCGCUAAACUUCUAAAACACCCCGUGUUGCUCAAGAUUCCCCAGAGGGCUAUCUUGCACUUCUUUUCAAUGGCCGUGGCUGUUUGCACUUGACAUUCCUGGUGCAACUGGACUUCUCUCAGUGAGUUUUGUGUUCCAACACCUGGCACUCUGCUUGAGACCAUAUAAGGAUUUCUGAAGUUUACAGACCAUUCCCUUCUGUAUCUGCAUUCCAUCAGGUGGAAGCAUAAACAGCUCCUCCCCCAAAACCCCGUACAAAAAAGCUGUAUUAAUGUCGUGAUGGGAAAUGUGCAGUUUCUCCUCCGCAGCAAUCUUGAGCAUUAGCCGAAUGCUCUCAUACUUGACGGUGGGUGAGUAGGUCUCGUGGUAAUCCUGUCCCGGUACCUGUGAAAAACCUCUGGCAACCAAUCUGGCUUUGUGUCUGACAACCUUGCCAUUCUGGUCUGUCUUGGCCUUGAAGACCCAUUUGCUGCCAACCAGUCUCAUUCCUGGGACUACCAGUACCAGCUCCCAAGUUUGGUUCCUAUUCAAGGAAUCAACUUCAGCCUUCAUGGCAUUAAGCCAAGGCUCAGCAUCUUUAGAGGUUAACUCCUGAACCUCUUUGAAGCUUGAAGGUUCCCAUACCUUCUCUGAGCUACUAAGAACAGCAGUUGCUGUGUUAGCAAACGCAUCAGCAAAUCUCUUUGGAGGUCUGCCUUUGGUGGCCCUUUCAGAUCUGCGUACUAUAUGCAAGUCUUCUUCACUCAUCUCCUCCUUCUUAGGAGAAAAGUGACCAAUGGUGAACAGUGGUUCUUCCAGUUCAUUGUCAGACGCAUCAGAUGGUCUGACUGAGGCCUUUGUGCUCUUGUAGUCUGCUGAGUCAUCACUGUCGCUGACACCAGCAGCAGCGCUGCCCACUGAGCUGGAAUCCGAACUCUCAUCAUCAUCAUCAUCAUCAUCCUCAGCUUCCUCUUUUACCUCAACAUUAUCUGCUUUUUUCACAUCAUCUUCAUCUUCCUCUGGGUAACUCUGGAAAAUUCCCACAUUCCCCCCCCCACUUAGGAUUAUAUUCAACACUCUUUGUGAACUUAAUGGACUUAGAGUCAGUCAUCCAUACCCUGUAUGAACCUUUUUCGUACCCCAUGAACAAACCAUGUGCCCCACGCUUCCCAAGCUUGUUGCUCUGUGGGGUGUGUACCCACAUGUCAGAACCAAAGAUUCUCAUGUGCUUGACGUAAGGUUUCUUACAAAACAUCUUCUCAUAGGGAGUACAACCAAUAGGUGAUGACAGUCUCCUGUUAUAGGAAUAUACGAACGAGUUCAAAGCCUCCCCCCAGAACUUCUCAGGGAGAUUGGCAUCAUGCAACAAGGUUUUUAGGCCUUGAAGCAAAGUUUGGUUUGCUCGCUCAGCAAGUCCAUUCAUCCAUGGCGAUCUAGGCGUUGAGAGGUCAUGCUGGAUUCCCUUCUCAAUCAGGAAAGCUUCAAACUGCUGAGAAGUGAACUCCCCGCCUCGAUCAGUAAACAAACAGCCGAUACGUUUACUGUGAGCAUUCUCCAACCAAGCACAGAAUGCCUUGAACCUAGGAAACACUUGCGAUUUCUGCUUGAGCAUAAACACAUGAAUGUACCUGGGAAAAGAAUCAAUUAGAACCAUGAAGUACCUUGCUCCACCCAAAGAGGGCGCAAGUGGACCAACCAGGUCUGCGUGGACUAGCUGGUAGGGUUUGGAAGCCUGCCUGCUAGACUCCUUGCCUUUUGGAGCAACCUUCACCUUGUUCUCUGCACAAGAUACACAUUUCAUGUGAAACUUACAGGGCUUGAUGUUCAAAUCCUGAACCAACUCAGGCAUCUUGGCCAGUGCCUGCCAAGACAUGUGUCCAAAUCUUCUGUGCGCCUUGUGAAUACAUCCUGCAUGAAGAACUUUGUUAGUUUGUGCAACACAACAAGAAUCAACAUUAGACACAGCAACAGCAUUGUCAUCAUAAGUUAUACAGAAUAAGCCAUCCAUAAACUUUGCAUGCAAAAUGUCCUCUUUGCCUUUCCUGAUGACACAGACGCUCCUCUUGAAGGAAAUCUCAAAGCCACGCCCAGUCAGCUGUGGGACACUGAGCAAAUUGUCUGCAGAAUCUGGAACAUAAAAUACAUCUAUGAUGGUUGUGUGCAGACUUGCCAGUCUCACAUUCCCGACUCCUGCAAUUCGCAACGUCUUUCCAUCAGCCUGGUGGAUCUCUCCAUCUUGAGGUGUGAAGGAGAUAAACAGAUGCUUGUUGUUGGCAAUGUGCCUUGAAUCAACAACAAAUUUGGCUUUGGCCUUUGGAGCAGCCUUUCCAGCAAGCAAAACCUUGUCUUCCACCGGCUUGGGCUGCUGCUUGCCCCCCUGCUCCUGGCCAUCAAACUUGCCUUUGGCUUUUGGAGAAGCAGUGCCAGCAAACAAAGCCUUGUUUUUCCCUGGCCUGGGCUUUCCUCUCCCCCUCUGCUUCUGGCCAUCUGCUGGCUUCUUCCUUUGUUUAUUUCCAGUCUUUGGACAAAACUUCUGAGUGUGACCUUGGGUCCCACAGUUCCAGCACUUCACAGCUGCCAACGCUUUGGCUCCCCCUGGAGGCUGGAAUGCUGUCCCACAUUGCUCCCCCUGAAGCGCACAAGCCGACUCAGCUGCAUUCCACCUAUCAUAUUCAUUUUGCAAGGUCGCCAAGACCUUUGUUGCAGUGAGGUCCUGUGCAGGUAGAGUCGCCAGCUGACUUGCCACGGCAUGGUAGCUUUCAUCCAGGGAGUCCAGGAUGAGAAUUGCAAACAGUGACUCAGGCAUAUUGAAACCUCUCUGAGUCAAUUCCUGUCUGAGAUGCUGCAAAUGUAAAACGUGGGCUCUAAGGUCUUCCCCUGGUUCCAAACGCUUCCUGUGCAGCUUUCUGAAGUAAAGCACAGACCCAGCCUCUUGUCGGAGAUGACAGCCUUUAAGCCCGUCCCACAUCUCACGGGCACUGGCCUUGCCAGCCAGGGUGAUUAACUCUUCAGGAGCUACUGAGAGCAAAAUUAUCCCCAUGGCUCUUGAAUCCUGUGCCUUCCAUUCAUCUGUCACAGGGGCUGGGGGGUCCUCAGAAAUAGUAUUCCACACACCAAGCCUUCUCAUCUGGCCCUCACAGUACCUUGCCCAGGUCUGAUAAUUGUGGCCAUUUAGCUUUGGUGGACACGGAGCAGCUUCUGAGGAUUGUAAAAGAUCCAUCUCAGCUAUUCACUUGAGCCGUGAGCCUUUUUCACUUCAGAGGCUCCUUAUCUUGGCUACUCAUAAAUCUCGAAGACUGCUUGGCUCGACUCCCAGGCUAAUGAGCCAGCCGGAGUUCAAAGACUCUUCCGCGGCAUCGAAAAGUCUUACUUUUCUCCACAUACCUCACAGCAGUCUGUCGCAGUCUUACUCUCCUGUAAGUGCCAUGAAUCUGGGCCCGAAACCUGUUGUUGGGAUACUGCCAGGGAGACAAAGGCCAUCAUGCCUACACGUCGAUUCCGGACGAUCCAUCGAUCUCCCGUAGAUACAGUAUCAGUCAAUUAGCGACACAAGCCUCAGAAAUAGCUUGCCACAUUCCAGGGCUUGUGCACGCUCUUUCAGCAGAGUUCGCACAGCGAAAGAUGCACUCAGGAGAGCAUUAUUUACAACUUUAUUCAGCGUUGGGUUGGAACAAAGAGAAAACAUGACUGCCUGCUUCGAUGUUCAGGCGCAGAGAGAGAAACAAAAACUACAUACAAAACAGAAACAUCCUGUGAACAGGAAAUACGCAGGCUGUGACACAACAACCUGCUCCCUUUUUAAGGUGGAACGGAAAUAUCCGCCGGAAGUCUGCAUUUUUAAUUUUCUAAAUAUAUGUAAACCACUUGGAGUUCUUGGAUAAAUAUUUAUUUUGCGAGGAAUAAAUAUAAGAAAUAAGAAUAAACAUAUAAAUAGCAAUUUGAAGGACUGUCCAUUUCUGUGCAUUGACUUCCACUGUGGUCUCAUUAUGAACCAGGUCCCUCACCCCUGCAAUUUGCACUUGACAGAAACUCCCUAUAAAUUGAACCUGUAAGGUGAAAGACUAAUGACUGUCCAGUCAUGAAACACUCUCAGUUUCUGAUCCCAAAGUACUUUUUCAAUAACUGCUGUGGCUGGUGCAUUACUCUCUCACCUCUUAUGACAAUUCAUUAUGGUUUCGCUAAAAGGCAACUCUGUUAGAAACAUGACCUAGAUCAAUUCUGGCUGAAGAGUAAAGACAGAGACUUGUUUUGGUAAGCUUCUAUAAAUGGCAUACACCUCAGUGCACAGCACAUCACGCCACAACCAAGCUCACCUUGAAGUGACGUACCAACCAUGCUUUGUAAAUGACCACAUAAAAGUUCCCGCAGUGAAUCCCAUGGCAAAAUCUGUCUUUGCUGCCAGCUCAGCCAGGAUUUUGAAUGCUGUCUGUAAGAACAAAAUUGUUUGCAACAUCUUGCUUUAUAUACUCCAAGGUGGUUCUCAAGGCUGUUUUCCUGGUCCUGAAUCACGACAUCAGCUCCCGAAUCUGUGAUGUGGCCCUCAAUAUUGUGGAAUGCCUGCUUCAGCUUGGUGUGGUGCCCUGUGUGGAGAAGAUCAGAAGGAAAAGUGACAACAAAGAGAAUGAACCCAGUGAGAAGAGACAAAGUGAGACCUCCUUCCAACUCAAGGGGGCUCUGAGUAGUUCAACCUCUGGAUUUGGUGUUGCCCCAGCCAGCACAGCUGGAGAUGGCGGUGGAGAAGAAGGAGGAGGAGAAAGUGGUGGAGGAGAUGGAGGAGGAGGUGACGGAGGAGGAGAAGGUGGAGGAAGACCUUAUGAAAAGAAUGAUAAAAAGGAAGACAAGGUAAAUGUUGGUUAUAUGAGGCUGAUUAACCCACCGUUCAUUGUCAUAGAUUGGAUUGUCUGGGAGCACAAAUAAUAAUAUAAUAAUUUAUUAUUUGUACCCCGCCCAUCUGGCUGGGUUUCCCCAGCCACUCUGGGCGGCUUCCAACAAAGAUGAAAAAUACACUAAAAUGUCACAUAUUAAAAACUUCCCUGAUGUCUUCUGAAUGUCAGGUAGUUGUUUAUCGCUUUGACAUCUGAUGGGAGGGCGUUCCACAGGGCGGGCGCCACUACCGAAAAGGCCCUCUGCCUGGUUCCCUGUAACUUGGCUUCUCGCAGUGAGGGAACUGCCGGAAGGCCCUCGGAGCUGGACCUCAGUGUCCGGGCAGAACGAUGGGGGUGGAGACGCUCCUUCAGAUAUACUGGACCGAGGCCGUUUAGGGCUUUAAAGGUCAGCACCAACACUUUGAAUUGUGCUCGGAAACGUACUGGGAGCCAAUGUAGGUCUUUCAAGACCGGUGUUAAAUGGUCUUGGCGGCCGUUCCCAGUCACCAGUCUAGCUGCUGCAUUCUGGAUUAGUUGUAGUUUCCGGGUCACCUUCAAAAGUAGCCCCAUGUAGAGCGCAUUGCAGUAGUCCAAGCGGGAGAUAACAAGAGCAUGCACCACUCUGGCGAGACAGUCUGCAAGCAGAUAGGGUCUCAGCCUACGUACCAGAUGGAGCUGGUAAACAGCUGCCCUGGAUACAGAUUUGACCUGUGCCUCCAUGGACAGCUGUGAGUCCAAAAUGACUCCCAGGCUGCGCACCUGGUCCUUCAGGGGCACAGCUACCCCAUUCAGGACCAGGGAAUCCUCCACACCUGCCCGCCUCCUGUCCCCCAAAAACAGUACUUCUGUCUUGUCAGGAUUCAACCUCAAUCUGUUAGCCGCCAUCCAUCCUCCAACCGCCUCCAGACACUCACACAGGACCUUUACCGCCUUCACUGGUUCUGAUUUAAAAGAGAGGUAGAGCUGGGUAUCAUCCGCAUACUGAUGAACACCCAGCCCAAACCCCCUGAUGAUCUCUCCCAGUGGCUGCAUGUAAACGUUGAAAAGCAUGGGGGAGAGGACAGAACCCUGAGGCACCCCACAAGUGAGAGCCCAGGGGUCUGAACACUCAUCCCCCACCACCACUUUCUGAACACGGCCCAGGAGGAAGGAGCGGAACCACUGUAUCACAGUGCCCCCAGCUCCCAGCCCCUCAAGACGGUCCAGGAGGAUGUUAUGGUCGAUGGUAUCAAACGCCGCUGAGAGAUCCAGCAGAACUAGGAAACAGCUCUCACCUUUGUCCCUAGCCCGCCGGAGAUCAUCAACCAGUGGGACCAAGGCAGUUUCAGUCCCAUGAUGAGGCCUGAAUCCCGACUGGAAGGGAUCCAAAUGGUCCGCUUCUUCCAGGCGUGCCUGGAGUUGUUCAGCAACCACUCGCUCAAUCACCUUGCCCAAGAAUGGAAGAUUUGAGACUGGGCGAUAAUUGGCCAUCAUGGCUGCAUCUAAAGAUGGUUUUUUAAGAAGCGGUUUAAUAACCGCCUCUUUCAGCGGGUCUGGGAAGGCUCCCUCACGGAGGGAAGCAUUCACCACCCCACGAAGCCCAUUGCCCAGUCCUUCCCGGCUAGCUUUUAUAAGCCAGGAUGGGCAAGGAUCCAGGAGACAGGUGGUUGGCUUCACUCGUCCAAGCAGCCUGUCCACAUCCUCGGAGGUAACAGAUUGGAAUUGAUCCCACGCAACUUGACUAGACAGGACUCUAGCACUCUCCCAUCCUGGCCCUGCUCCCACGGUGGAGUCUACUUCUUCCCGAAUCUGAGCGAUUUUAUCUGCAAAAAACUUUGCAAAAUCAUUGCAGGAGAUCAUGUGGCCCGUACUGGGCCCUGAUGUCGCAGGUGGUUCCGCUAAAUUGUGAACCACCUGAAAAAGUCUCCUGCUGCUGUUUUCUGCAGAUGCAAUAGAGGCGGCGAAGAAGGUCUUCUUCACCGUCGCUAUCGCCACUUGGUAGGCUCGACGUUGAGCUCUAACCUGUGUCCGGUCAGAUUCGGAAUGAGUUAUCCGCCACCGGCGCUCUAGCCGUCUCAACAAUUGUUUCAUUGCCCUCAGAUCCGUGGAAAACCACGGGGCUGUCCGGGCUCCAUGCAAUCGGAGAGGGCACUUCGGAGCCAAACAGUCAAUAGCCCUGGUUAACUCCACAUUCCAGUUGGCCACCAGGGAAUCGGCUGAAAGGCCAUCAACAUGGGAUAAAGCAUCCCCUACCACUCUCUGGAAACCAUUUGGAUCCAUUAAGUGGCGGGGGCGGACCAUCCGAAUUGGUCCCACCUCCCUGCAGAGGGGAUGGGUCGCAGAGAAGUCCAGUUGCACCAGGAAGUGAUCUGACCAUGGCACUUCUUUCAUUUCGCUUUUACUUAGUGUCAGAUCACCAACAUCCAUAGAGGUAAACACCAGAUCCAAGGCAUGUCCGCGGCUAUGGGUUGGGCCAGAGUUAUUCAGGGACAGCCCCAUGGAGGCCAUGCUUUCCACGAAGUCCCGAGUGGCCCCUUGUAAGGUCGUGUCGGCAUGGAUGUUAAAAUCCCCUAGGACAACCAAGCUAGGUGUCUCCAGGAGAACAUCCGCCACAACCUGAAGCAGCUUGGGCAGGGAAUCCUUGGUGCAGCGGGGAGGUCGGUACACCAAAAGGAAUCCUGUACUGCCCCUAUUGCCCAACUUCUAGAACAUGCACUCAGAAAACUGGGUCUUCCCAAUAGGACACCUGGUGCAAACUAAUGACUUCCUAAAAAUCACUGCAACCCCCCCUCCCCGCCCACAUGACCUGGGUUGCUGUGCGUAAGAGAAACCUGGUGGACAAGCAGCGGCAAGGACAGGCCCAUCUGCUUCAUCCAACCAAGUCUCUGUUACACAUGCCAGGUCAAGUCCUCCAUCCAUGAUCAAGUCAUGGAUGGCAGUGGUCUUAUGAAUCAUUGACCUGGCAUUGCACAGCAGCACCUUCAGGUCAUGUGGGUAUCCCUUGCUGAUUCUAGUAUCCAUCCGGUCAGGACCAGACCUGGAGGCAGGGAUAGUCCUCAGACAACGACUAAACCUGCCUCCUCUGUAAUGAUAUGGUCUGGUCUUAGCGUAACUCCUCGUCCUACCCGUGAUCACUGAGAUCGGUUGUCCCAGUGCAUCCCCCCCAUGGAACAUGCCCCAGCCAUUUUGUUGGCUGGGACCCACUCCCCGGCAGCCCUGACCCCCCCCCUUAAGAACAGAAUAACACCUUAAAAAAACAACCAAUAAAACAAUACAAACAAAAAACAGUAAAAAUUACAAAAACAUAAAAUCAAACAAAUUCCCAGGCCCAAUAAACAUCCAUCCCACCCCCACCCCCCACAUACAAAAAAUUCAAAAGAAUUUUUAAAAAACAUUUUAAAAGCACUCUGCACCCCUCCAGAAGUAACAGCAACUGUCCUAGUGAGGCCCGUCAGGCCCUGCCCUGGGCCAGGUGGUAAGUGGCAGGAAGGAGCAGGGGCCCCAGACACUCACACAGGAGAGCCCUCCUGGGCAGCAGAGCGCAGCAGUCCCUGUGAGGCUUCAGGCCCCGCCCUGGGCCAGGUGGUAAACAGCAAGAGCAGGGCCCUCAGACACCCACACAGGAGAGUCCUCCUGGGCAGCCCCACAAAAACAACCUGGAAUGUUAUAUACAUCUGCUUCAUGCAAUAAAAUGGGAUAUUGUUGUCUCUUACCCCCUGUUGCUAAGGAGGAAAGCACUCCAGCAAGCACACACAGGUUGGCCCUGACAAUGCUGAUAAAAAUUGUGAAGUCUCUGGGCUGUGCAUAUGGCUGUGGAGAAGGUCACCGUGGGCUCUCUGGAGACCGGCUGAGACAUCAGGUAUGCCAUGGCAGAACAAUGGAUGGAAGCAGGAUUCUUAAACCAUUUUGUAGAGUUCCUGGUCUGAGCAGCUCACAAUGUUCAUCUCGGUCUGGAAUUGUAUGCGGAAGGCAAGACAUUCUGCACUCAUGAUUCCUAACUGUGAAGCCUGUGAUUUAGCACUAGAGGACAGGAGUGAGUAAGGGGCAUUUUGCUGUAUGUGAAUGCUCCAGCUAGAAAUAGAGGAAUCCCUCCUAAUCUGCCCCAUCUUGCUUCCACAUGUAGACAUUUAAAAACACACCCCAGCACAUUUCUGUAUAGCUCUUUUAGGAUAAUUCCAGGGAAAUUCUAAAAAGUCCACACACAAACUUUUAUACAAACACACUUGAAUAUUUGUGAGGUCCAAUGGCAUCCUGCCAUUUUUCUUGCUUAUUUGCACUCUGGUCAGUGACCGAAAUAAAUUGAUUCAUUCUUGCUUAUAACAGUGUAAAGCUGGUUAGAACAGCUUCAAAGCAUGGCACCUCUGCCACACCAGGUAAAGAUGCUUUAAAAAUGAUGCAGGAAGUGGUCACACAGUACUUCCUGUGUAAUUCUGUGCACAAAAGACCACAAUCCAUUCAAAACAACGGCUGCCCCCAUGUUGUACUGUUGGGCAACCAUUAUUUUUUUUAAACCAUUUACAUCAAUGCCCACUUAAUGGGACUGCAUCAUGGUCAGCUUUGGUUGAACUGCUCUGAUUUUUCAGUCUGUGUGUACAUGUGCAUGCAUUUGCGUGUCCUGGCUAGACUGGCUCCAAUAGCAUCUGGAGAACUGAAAGAGUUGGCCAAAUGGAAUCCAAGAUUAACCAGUCAUCCCUAAGACAUAGCAUCCUUGAUAGGGCAAGACUUGCCAAGACUGUACCCCUUGCUGGCACUGCAUGGGAACCAAAGUUUGGUGUGGGAGUUGAACGAAGGGCAGAAAUGCGUGCUCUGGGUGACGCACAGCUCCCCUAUGAAAAUUGCAACCCUGUGUGUCCAUUCAUCUCUCCUGUCGUGUGUUGUAAUAGAUAACCCAUGACCAACUGUUAUCAAUUAUUUUUUUGUCCCUUCACAUUGAAGCUCUGUCACUGGGAGCAUUUUUUACGCCUUCUCAUUUAGUACACAUGGUCAAUGAAGAGGAGACGCAGGGCUGUUCCAGGCUCAGUUUCUUUCUUUGUUCUCCAAAUAAUACAUGGUUGCUGUCACCAGAACCUAAGUGCCUGAUCUUCCCUCCAUAGGCUCAGAAUUGCCUCACAAAGUUGUACAAGCUGGAUAAAAUGCAGUUCCGACAAACCAUGAGGGACUAUGUAAACAAGGAUUCACUCAACAAUGUGGUGGAUUUUUUACAUGCCUUGCUAGGUUUCUGCAUGGAGCCAGUCACUGACAGUAAGUAUAAGCUGUUGUUGGAAAACCCCCCCACACUUUACCCCCCCUUUUUUUAAAAAUAUCUUUCUCUCCUUUCCUUCCUUCUUUCCUUCCUUCCUUCCUUCCUUCCUUUGGUGUCCUCUGCUAUGGACUGUUGUCCGGGCCCAAAGAUUGCACACGCAUGAAACUGGUAGGUGGGUGGUGGAAGGGCCCUGAGAGAGAUGCAGGGAAGGGAAGAUCUCCCAGGGUGAGAGACUGGGAGAAGAAAGGAAAGCUCCCAGGUGAGAGCUGGGAGGGUCCACCACUUUCUGAGUGAGAUAAGGGUUAAGAGCUACCUUUGAGAGAAGAAUCUGUGUUUUUGUUUUUAUUUAGAUUAGCUUAUUUUAUCUUAUUGUAUUAUGGAAAAGCAUUAAUAAAACCUUAGUAAAUAUAGGCUGUUAUUAUAAGAUUCCUUAAGAGAAAUGACACUGCUACAAAACAUAGGAGCUGUAGAUGUCAAGAGUAUUAUUGAUUCAGAUUUUGCCAUUUUUUGUGUGAAAACCGAACAGUUCAACUUGACUAUUUAAUGCUUGCGUUUUGCAGACAAGGCUGGUUUUGGAAAUAAUUUCACAACAGUGGACAACAAGUCUACUGCCCAAAGUGUGGAAGGUAUUAUUGUCAGUGCCAUGUUCAAAUCGCUUAUCACCCGCUGUGCCUCUACUACACAUGAGCUUCAUAGCCCUGAGAAUCUGGUAAGGACAACACUGAAAUCCUAACACGAUUAAUUUCAGUCCAUACUGUUUUAGUGGCCUAAGUAUUGAUACUAUUGUUGACCUGAGAGAGCACCAGACAGAGUUCAUCCAUAAGGAAAAUGUUGACUGUAUGCACUUCUUUUGCCUCCAGUUUUGACAAAGAUUUCCAAUUAACACAAAUUUAAAUCCUCUGUAUACUAGAGCUGUGCCACUUCUCUCAGUGGAAAAUCAUGUUGCCUUCCAGAAUCUGCUCUGCAGUUCUCAAAAUCUUUAUGUAAAAUAUCCACAUUUGUUUCUAAUCCAAUCACCAUUAAUUUACCUGAAUGAGUUUUUUCCAUGUUGGGUGAGAUGAUGGCAACUCUUGAAAAAGCCAAAACACUUUAUUGGUUAAAUUUACUUCAUAUUUUUGAGAUUCUUAGUUACGGCUGCUUGAAAACGAAAGGACCGAAGCUUGGGCCGAUAUUGUUUCAAAGCAUGAUUCGGGGGAAAUGAUUCUGAUGUUUGCUUCAAUUGGCUUCCAAACACAUUAAAUCUUUCAUUCUUUUUUUCCUUUUCACUUUCUAAUCCUGCACUCCAUAGGGAUUGUAUUGUGACAUCCGACAACUGGUUCAGUUUAUCAAGGAGGCUCAUGGGAAUGUCUUUAGAAGAGUAGCCCUUAGUGCCCUUUUGGAUAGUGCUGAGAAGUUGAUACCAGGAAGAAGAGCAGAGGAAACAGCUGAACAGGAGCCCAAACCAUCAGGCAGUAAAAGGUUUGUAACCGAAGUGCAAAACACACAGAGAUGUUUGAGUGAUGCCCUGUUCUACCUUUCCCCUAAUGCAAAUGUGCAGAACCAAGCACCCCAGCAUAAGGAGUAUGCAGGAGUAAGGAGAUAAAUGAUAUUCACACAAUUUUGCUAGGGCUUAAAAACUUUUAUAACACAAUUCUUCUCCUUCAGACCUUGUUGAUAUUAAUGCAACAGAGAGCACAGUUUAUUUGCUUGAAGUCCAAUGAAAUCCAUGGCUCUGAAGCACACUUAAGGGCUGCACACAGAUUAUUCAUCAUCUCAAAGACCGCCCCAUUAGAUAUCCACAAAGCAGGACUGAAGGACUCUUGACUUAAGCAGACACCUUAAGUUUGAUCAUAAUUUGUACCUGUGAGAUCCAGACUUAAAGCUCACUCUGCAGGCUUGUUUCUUUCUAGAGAGUGUUUGAAAAGUGGAGUGUGGUCCUAUCCACGUUUAUGUUGCAAUUCUAUGCAUAUUUACUAGGGAGUUAGUCUUCUUGAGCACAGUGGGACUUACAUCUGAGUAUGUAUCAAGCUGUGAGUCUUUAAAAGUGGAUCGUCAACUAUUUAUUGCACAUUUUGAGCACCUCGGUGCUUGUUGCCUGUCAUGACAGAUUUGUGAUGGCAGUGCAUACAGAUGAGGCAAUUCCUAGAAUGGGAACAUGGACCUCCAACUUCAUAUUACAGGAAUACAAGGUAGGGGUUUCAAAAAAAAUAUUACUGUACAUGUGGCUGUUUCGUCUGCAUAGAUCUGAAGUGGGAAGUGUUGUCAUUGACAAAGGACAACCGUCUUCAGCUCCCGAUGAAUGCCGCAGUUACAUCUCAAGCCGCCCAAUGCAGACUCCAGAGCAGUAAGUAAAUAUUUUGGAGCUCAAAGGUAUAUUCAGUCUUCCCAAGAAAUCUGGUAAGCAUUCUAGUCACCACCUUUAGAUAUUCUAGCCUUAAUUGAUGUAACCCACAAAUGUUCACCCUUCUGAGCAUGAAUUGUGCUGACGCUUUAAAUUUAAGCGUAAGAACAGCAACAGACAGGCUACCAUCAUGAAUUGUUCAAACCAUGGAUAGUUAUGGAAUGUGGGACUGGGUCAUCGGUGAAUCCAUUUGUGAAAUAAUAUAAUAAUAUUUUGUUCCCGGCCCCUGUGUGUGUUGGCAAAUCGUGUAUAAGCAACCCCACCCCAUUAUGCCCUGCCCCAUUCUGUUACACCUUUUUUGUGACACAUUUAGUAAUGUUUUCAGUCACUUCUGGGUUCAGUGCUGUGUGUGUGUGCAUCAUUACGUGUUUUUUCGGACACAGAUUAAUCCAGGGGUUGGCAAACUAAGGUCCGUGGGCUGGAUCAAGCCCAAUUGCCUUCAGGAUCUGGCCCUCGGACUGUCCUUGGAUCGGCGUGAGGAUUCUGUUCAUUUGGGCUGCACCAUUUCCCCCCCGCGCCAUUCCAUUUCUCCCCCCCCCAUACCCAGUAGUGGUGCCUCCUCCCUUCCUCCUCCUGGCUUCUCCCCGCCCUGCCUAGAGGAGGAAGGGAGCUGGCUGAGCGCCAUUUUAAGCAGCCCCUCUCCAGAGCCAGCCCUUUCGCACCGCUCAUCAUCCGUCUUUCGCGCCGCUCAUCAUCCGUCUGCCGUCUCUUGUGCUCCUGUGGGCCAGAGAGUGGAGCAGACGAGCUCACUCUGCCUACCCACAAGAAGAAGCGGUGGUGGUGGUGGCAGCCCCUGGGAAGGUAAGCGCAGCAGCUGGGGCUGGGGGGUGGGGACUUCUUGCCCCCCUCGCCUCUUCUUCUAGCUCCCCCUCCCCCGGUGCUGCUUCUCCAGCCCGCGACAAGGUGUGAGUGACAGUGGACCGGCCCAUGGAUAAAAAAUUUGGUGAUCCCUGCAUUAAUCAGUCAUCGCCUGUAGUUGAAGUAACAAAGGAUGAGGUUAUCAAUGUCUACACGAGGGGCAGAAUUGAACUAAGUUGUUGCAUGCAUGGACUGAGGUCUACUUACGCAAUGGAUUUCCCCCUCUCCUCCCCCUGUACCCAUCCCCCUAAAGCUGCCCUGGAGGAUUGAGAACUGCAUAUAAUGGAAAUCAAAUUUCCCUCGCACUUUAAAGAUUUUUGUGUGUUUAGGGUUUUUUUUGCAACAGAGAUGUAGGUGUAAAUAAUACAUGAAGUCAAAAACAUCUUUUGGUAUGUCUUAAUUUGUAAAUAAGAGGUAUGGAGUCAAUCUCGUCUGAAAAUCAUAGCUGGAUUCAUUUAAAUGGAAGCUCUUUCUCUGUCCAUAAAUGUGCAGAGAAUUUUUUUUUUUUUUUUGAGGGUGGGGGGGACAACGGCUUUCUUCACCUGUGUAAUGCCACACUUUCCUAAGUAAGUGCUGUAUAUUACCUAUUGCAAUGAAAACAGCAUAGUUAAAAAUUGCUGCCUACCAAAUCAAAACAUUACCAUCUGCCACUGCCUCCACUUCAUUCUUCCAGCCUUCUCUCUUCCUUUCCCUUCCCCCUAAUGACUUCUUUGUGCAUAGUAGCGCUGCAGUGCUGCAGUAGAAAAUAUCUAAGUCCAUAGAAAUAAUUGCAUUGGAUUAAACUGAAGAGUGAUUGUACAAUUAGCAAAGGCUCAAAAGAUAAUUACUCAGAACAACCCUGAUUUGUGUAUGGUUUGUUUAUUUGGAUAUUUUGUUUCAUAAAGCUCAAUCUUUAAUUUAAUAUUGCCCGAACAGUUAAUGGCCAGCUUGAAGACUUACUCAAGUUCUCAUGCAGUCUGUGGUUGAAACAUGGCCCCACAGAGGAUUUGCCUGUUUACCCAUAGCUCCAUUGCUAUGAUUAUGCCAUCUGUCAGGGAGAGGAAAUGAAUCACAUUUUUUAAUGAUAUGGAUAUGAUUACAUUACAUCUAAUCCUUACAUUAAAAGAGUGGGCUGAGAACAAUGGUAUGAAAAUGACACAUCCCUACAACAAGUGCUUUUUUUGUUGAAGAGUGUGUGUGAAAUAAUUAUCAUGAGCAUUAGAGAGGAUUCUUUCCAAAAGGUGAUCAGUUGGUCCGUGGGCUGCUACUUCUAGUGCCUCGCUGUUUUGGCAUAGCCCUUUAUACCAGAGGUGGGCAGAAGUUGGGUUGGGUUCCACUGGGAGAUCUUAAAGUGAUUUACAGUAGAUUGGUAAGGAUUUCUGACUCCCAAUAGCCUGACAAUUGCAAUCUAAGAAAUAAAAUCUUUUGUGACACCCAGCAUUUAAUAGCUUUACAACCCAGCCUUUGUGUUCCUUACCUCUAAAAUGGAUAUUACCGGUAAUUGGUUGCCUACAGCUGGGUCUUUGUGCAACUGUGCUAGCCAGUUUGAGAGUUUUGCGAUCUGCAGUAACUCAUGUGUAAUUUCUAUUUGUCUAUGCAAAUUAUGGCAGUCAAUGUCUUGGGGUGCAAAGUCACUAUCUUGUGCUCUAGUUAGUGGAGCUUGUGAUUCUAGUAAAAAAAAACAGUCAGUACCAUAAGCCUGUAGCCUUGGGCUGUGUACAUACCAUACAUGUAAAGCUCACCCCACCCCUAAAGAAUCCUGAUGCUGGGAAUUGUAGCUCUGGGAGGGGUAAACUACAGUUCCCAGGAUUAAAUCUACAGCAUGCUGUGUAUGCAGCCUCUUACUAUAUCAAGAGGGUUUGGAAAACCUCUCUCUCAGACUUGGCAUUGCCCGCCAUUUGCAGUACAGGGAUAGUAACACUGGCCUACCUUACAGGGUUGUUGUAAGGAUCAGAGGACCAUGUACUGAGUGUUUAUGAGAAUCCAGAACACUAAGCAAAUGUUAAGUAGAACAAUGUUGUGCCUUACUAGCCUAUUCUUGACAAAGCUGAGCACCAAAGAAAGCUAACAAAAUGUCACACAAUCCUCUGACCGCUAGAGCACAGUAGAAAAGGUAAGGUGCUCCCAUUCUUUGUGCAUUCCUGGGUACAUUUGGCUAAGCGUUACGAACCAUGCAAUUUGUUCCAUUGCAGUGAUGAGCAGAUGCAAGGAGCAGCCCUAGGGCGCAAAGAUUUCUGGCGAAAGAUGUUCAAAUCUCAGAGUGCAGCGAGUGAUACUAGUAGCCAGUCGGAGCAGGAUACCUCGGAAUGCACAACUGCGCACUCAGGGGCAACCACUGAGAGGCGAUCCCGCUCUCGCUCAAGGAGGAUCUCACUCCGAAAGAAACUCAAACUCCCCUUAGGUAAAUGUAUGCCUCUUCACAUGAUAUUAUCAUAUAACAUUUAAUAUAUUUUCUAUUUUUCCAUGUAUCAGUGCACAGACAUUUUCAGAGAAAUGUUCUGUUCAUAUUUUAGCAUCACCUGGAGAAUAUAUAUUAUUCAGUCUUCCUCCAUAUUUAUUACCAUCCAUUUCUGUACAAAACCUCUUUCAUAUAAAACAUGUGUGCCAACCUUUUGUCAUGUGAUGUAGCUUCCUUGGUACCCACAUUUACUGCUGGUAGAUUCACACACAUGCUCACAUUUUUCUAUGUUCUCUGUACAAACAGGGAAUUGGCUGAAACGCUCAUCCCUUUCUGGUCUGGCAGAUGGUGUGGAAGACCUUCUGGACAUCAGCUCUGUGGACCGGCUCUCUUUCAUCCGGCAGAGUUCCAAGGUAAAUAAGUUUCCUUGAACUCAUAGAGAGAUGAAGAAGUCUGGAGAUAUGCAUAGUGCACUUGUUUUUGUCACGUCUCACUCCUUGUAGAUGACCAGUAACAGUUGAAUAAGUCUGAGGAUGGAAAAUGUGCACUUCGCAAUACAGAUGACAGUCUCUUAAUUUGUUCUGCAACACAAAGACUAGGAACAACCCUACUGGAAGCUCGUACUUGAUUGUUCUUAAAACCACCUUUUUCUGGGAAGGAGCCAUGUAUGGGUUCUAAGUUAGCAUCAUUUACACUUGUUAAUGCUUGUGGGUGGUUUUAAGUAUCUAAAUGUUGUCCAUUUCUUUUAUCCACAGAUGUGUUAGGUAGGUUGCUACUUCCCAUUAUGCACAGUUAUAAUCCAUUAUGGCUUUUCUGUGUGCAUAUUGGGACAUUGACAAGAAAAAAAGCACAAAAUCCAUUCCCUUAGGCCAUGAAGCAGAGGUGCUCAAAGAGCAAGUCUUUCCUUGUAGGACUCCAGCUGCCCACAUUUAGCAGCAAAAUAAGGCCAAGGCACAUGAGUUUUUGUCUUGCAGUAGACCCUAGUGGUGUUUCAUUCUAGAACUUAUGCCACAGCACUUAGCAGUAAGUCUUCUGGGAGCUUCAAAAUGUUGCAUGUAGAAGAAUGGGAAUGAGGGACUGUUACAUCAGAAGAAGCUGAAAGAAGGGGCAUUAACAAUGAAUGGCACACCUUCUUUUUGUUUAGGUGAAAUUCACUAGUGCCGUGAAGCUGUCUGAAGGAGGGCCAGGAAGUGGCUUGGAGAAUGGACGAGAUGAAGAGGAGAAUUUCUUCAAGCGUCUUGGUAAAUGGCGCACCUGCCGAAGACAUCCAUCCAAGCUUCAUCACACAGAAGAAAAAGAUGGUUAGAAAUCAGGGUUCUGUUUCUUCAGUCCUUUUUUGCUUCCCCUCCCCUGCUCCAUUCUUUGGUUACUUUUCUUCAUCAAUUUAUCCUUUAUCUUUUUUUAAACAUGGUUUUUGAACUCAUUCUGCUUCUCUCUCUGGCUCUGCAUACUUUGUAGCCCUUUUUGUUCUUUUUUUCUUUUUAUGCCAUUUUGAUUUCAGUGUAAUUCUAACCAAGAAGGAAAAGCAAAUAUGGGUCAAUAAAUUAAACUAAAGUAACAUUUGGACUUCCAAAAAAUCAAGCCCUCUAGCUUUAGGGGGAAAAUUUGGAAAUCAUUUGAAAGCAGGGGUCUGAUUUCAAACAUAUUAUGCUAAAAUUUAAUUUCACUCUUUGAUGUGAAAUUAUGAAUGCGCCCAUCAGCUUUUAUCUCCCAUUAUUGAUCAUCUACCAUCUUCUGUAAAGCUCAGCACUGAUGAAAUGGAAAACCCUGUACAAAAUGUGUUUUAAUUAUCUCUUUUCUUCUGUGUUUGCAUGUCUUGUGUCUUCAUACCAUUUCUUAGAGAGAUGCUGUUCUGCAUUCUCAACACAAUUACUCUUCUUUGAGACAAACAGUUAAUUGCUUUGUUAUUUUUAAGCAGUGGCAUCUGAAAAAAGCACUUUCUUUCCUAUUUUGGAAAAAAAAUGAUAGGAACUGUAUUCUUCCAAGUACUUCACUGCCAUCCAGUUGCAAAUGUGAGCUUGUUACCAAGGAAACAACCUUGCAUCUUGACAUUCUUCUAUUUUUGUAUUGGAAAAGGAACACAGCAUCCCAUCUCAAUGAGUUUUGUUCUCUGUAUUUUUCAUAGUACUCAACAUACAUUACAUAUUGCACUGUCAAACAUGAAAGUUACAUUACUACAUCAGUGUAUUUUUCCUUUGGCCAUUCCUCCAUCACACAAUGCAUUUCUAAACAAAGAGGGGUUCUGUACCAAAUAAAGUGGCUCUUGCUAUUAGAUGCUGUCCAAAUGGAAGAAGUGGUUGGGCUCUUCCUGACUGUACUUAAGUCAGAAGGACUUUGGUCUUUGACUCCUCCCCUUUGAACAGACCCCAGUGCCAUAUCAACUGGUUUGAAAGUCCCCUCAGUUUCAAAAGAUGCAUUUUUCAAUAUGCUAUGGGGAGGAGUUUCUGUUUGAGAAGUGCAAGCUCUGUGGCUGCAAAUAGGUUUAUUGUUGGAAAUAGACUACUGUGUUAAAUUAUUUGAACUCAGAGUACAGUGCCUGGACCCAGGUAUAACAGAUUUCAGUGUCAAAGCUGAAAUGUUUGUGUUUAACUGUGAGCUGGAGACAAGUAGCAUGAAUUUCAAAAUCCAGGUGCUAGAAUUCCUCUAUGGAAAUUCAGUUUUUAAAACUGAAUGGGAAAUUGUUCAUUUUUAAUUUUGAGACAUUCAUGCUAACAGAAUUGUAAUCUAAGCCCUUACGGCUAUCAUGUUAAAAUAGGGAUAAUGGGUGAUUCUGCCCUCUCCAGUUUGAGUCUACUGAGCCUCAUCAGUCUGGCAGUACCUGGCCCUGCUCUGGUGAGGUAGCACUGCUGUUUUUAAUAAGUCCUUCUAUUCAGUGACCACCCAUCAAUAUACAUUAUGUAAGCCUUGAAGUUUUCCUCUCUCUACUACCCCAUUGUAGUGAAUGGAAGUGGGCACUCAGGAACUCACCUUGCCCAAUAUAGGAGGGAAGAACAAGUUAAACAAAGGAUUUACAACUCAGUUCCACCUUUCCAUGUGCCAGUAAUGCAGUCACGUUAUUAUUCAGAGUGUAACAGGAUGGUGGGAGAGGAGGACAUAAUAUAGGCUUUGGUAGAUAGAAUCAUAGAAUUGGAAGGUGAUUUGAACAUCAUUUCCCACCAGGCUAGCUGGAAAGACUAGCUCAUUGAAGAGAGAGGAAAGCUUUAGCCCUCUUGCAGUACGUAUGUUCCUAAGAGGGGAUCAAUUGGUUAGUAGAUACUAUGCUUUAAUGUAGGCCAGUUGCACCCCGUUCCUCAUCUCUUUGCUGCCCCUUAGGAAAAUUCCAAACACCCAUCGUUUGCAGCAGUUUGCCACCUAACACUGAGUCAGGCCAUAGCCCAAUAUAGUUGACUGAUUGGCAGCAACUCUCAGGUGCAGGUCUCUGUUAGCCCUACCUAGAGACAAGGGCUAUUGAACCUGGGACAUCUUGUAUGCAGAGCACAUGCUCCACCCAUGAGUUACAGCCCUUCCCAAUUAAUAUAAUGACUACUUCAGCAUUGCUUCUCCUCUCCCUGGUUUUGAGAGGAAUGUGGGUGGUCUUAUUCCACCCCCACCCUGGUUUAUUGCAGCCAGCCAUUCACACUAUAUGGCCUUCCAGCUUCUGCAUUUCACUUACCAUGAAAUUCUGGGACUGAAAGCUUUGCUUGCCAUAUCUGAGUGGAGGAGGUCUGACUAAAAAGAGUCUCAAGGAAGAAUAAGUGAGGGAGAUCUGUGGUGUUGUGGAGAACAAAGAGAUAGCAUUUGAGGUGCAGAGAAAGGUGUAAUGGGAUGCAGAGAGACCUGUGUGGCAAAGAAAGCAUGAAAAAGGGGAGAGGGAAACAGAAGUGCACAGAAACCUGACGGUGGAGAGACAGAGAAAAAGAAUGAAGGAAAUAGAGAUGGUCCCAUGUUACAGAGACCUGUAGUGAUGCAGAGAGAAGAGUGCUAUGGAUUGCAAAGAAAAAGAGGUUGAGAAGAAGGGGUUGCAAGGAAACCUGUGCGUGGGGAAACAGAAAAAAGAGAGGCAUAAUAACAAAGGUGGAAGCCCCAACCUGUGGUGGUGGUGUGGAGAAAGAAAGAAAGUAGAGCAUGUGCUAGGGAAAGCACUAAAGGAUAGAGAACUGACGGGAGAAAGAAAAGGAGUUAGCAAAAGGGUGGCGUGGUUCUCAGAAUGGCAUUUGUGCAUCUCUGCUCUGAAGUGCUGCCACAUUACUGUGCAUUACAGCAACUGCAGACAUUGUUCUACCACAGCAAUCAUUUUCUACUAGUAUUGGCUUAGGUAUUAGUAUGUGGACAGUUACAUGCAUUUAGCCCCACGUUUUACUAGAGCUUAAAUAUGAAUUACUCCUAUACUGCAACCUUAACUGUGUGGCCAGGCACUGUGGCCCCCCUGACUUUAUAAUUAAGAUCCAGACAAGACACAAUACUUUUGGGCCAAAUAAGGCCAUAACUUUAUUGAUUCCAGAUGUAAGAGGUUUAGCAUAGGCAUUAGGCAUUAGCCCAUGUGCUGGCAGUAUUACUGAAGGGGUUGACCCUGAGGCGGGGAGGACCUAUGACUUAUAUCAAAUAGGAUUCUCUCAGCAGAAUUCUUGUCUUGACGGGUGCUAUGGUCCUGGACCCCACCUGGGCGUCCAGACAAAAGCUCAUCCUGCCAGAUCCCUUUACUGGAAUACACCCUUUUCUUGGAGGAGCAGGCAGAGAGUUCCAACCUCCCCUCCAACUAAAACUAAGGCCAAUCCACAACCAAAGUUGUGAUGAUUGUUAUGUGGUAGGCAAAACCCCCUGACUGAGCCAAUUUGCCUGAAGGAAAAUUCCUGCCCAGCCCUGAAUACGGUGAGCAACAAUGUCCAUAGCAAGGUAAAGUAGAUAGCCAACAGUAGGCUAAAAUAAGGGAUGGGCGGAGGGAGAUCUGAUGAGGAGCUGCGUGUGGAGCAGGGAGGUGGGUCUCUUUAAAUAGUUGAGGAUCAGACCGAGGUGAAACCUGCUGGUUCAGUUGGGCCUCUCUCCCACCCCCCCAAUCAAGAGCCUGCCUCUUAGCCUGCCGGCUAUUGGCUAAUUCAGCCAGUAGGCUUCAAUCUACUUCCGGGCCGACAAGGUGAACUGUUUUGACUCCCCACCAGUUGGAAAACCUCCAUUAAAAGCAGUUCUGCAUUGGAUAGCAUGGGGGAGAAGCAGGGCUGGCCUGCAAUGCUGCCACAAGUAAGGUAAGCGGACUUCUCUCUGUGUGGUUACUUUCUAUUUAUUUUAUUUUUAAAGUAGGUGGGCCAAUGCUUUAAAGUUAGUGCACACUUUUGAGAGAAGUGUUCUGUGAAACCCAGAAGCUUGUGUCACCUUCAAAAACCACCCAUUGACAACAAUACAUGUGUCUUUGAGAGAGAUCUAUAUGUCCAUUCUUACUUCUAUCAAAGGCUCAGACAUGGGUGGGGGACUUUUAAAAUAAUAAUAAUAAUAAUAAUAAUAACAACAACAACAACAACAACAAUAACACAACCCAAAUUACAGCAACAUGGGGACCUGAGGUCUGACAAUGCACCCACACCCUUUACUUUAGUUCUUUGCUUUCAUCCUUUGGUGGUGCUUUAGGAACAACUUUCCCAACCUUUUACUUCUCUUGCACCUGUUUUAUGGUACCUACCACCUGAUCAGUGGGGCCAGCAUCCAUCUUUGGCUUGAUUUUGCCUUGGUUGUAGAGGCCAGCUACACUUAAGAGCUUCACCUUCUCAUUCAGGUAGCCCAGAUAGUAGCCACAGAUGACUUAAAGUAAUAGGAUUUAACUUAGUCAUGACUUAUUCCUUUGAUUCAGUCUGACUUGGUCAUAGCUAACUUUAGGAGGCAAAAUUUCUACUGGUGUUCAGUAAUCUGCAUGCUGAAAGUAGGCUCUGAAAGCGUCUUCUUGGUUUUGAAAAUUGUGUUCCCAUGGAGUAACCAUAUUGCCUUAUGACUGCCGCAUUUAAGCAGCAGCCAUUGCAGAUAAUGUGCUUUCAGAGUUGUGGAUCAAUGGCUCUCAAACUCCAAUGGAACUGAGAACACUUGUGAUAAAAGAGUAUGCAUUUUCCCAUUUUCCACAUUGCUAGCUAAGAUGAAUUUUUUUCCUGAGAGACUUCAGAGAUAUCAUUGCAGUGAUGAAUAAUCCUCAUGCAUAUCUCAAUCCUUAUGUUAGGAUCUGAUGGUCAUGCAUAGGGGCAAAUAGAUAAGACUCACAUGUUCCAAUAUCAUUUUCAAGACCAUUUUAUGUUUAAACUUUUGUGGGGCCUUCCUUUCCCCCUCUCUCCCACAACCCCCUUUUGUACUCUUUUUGAAGGUUGUCAGACCUAUGAUGACCACCUGGCUUCCAACCAAGAAGGAAGCAAAUCCAAGAACGUGGUGAACUUGGGUGCAAUAAGACAAGGCAUGAAGCGUUUUCAGUUUCUCUUAAACUGCUGUGAGCCAGGAACAAUCCCUGAUGCCUCUAUCCUGGCAGCUGCCCUCGAUCUUGUAAGUAACUGCAUGAUGUUUCUUGAACACUCUUCACAACCAAUAAUUCAAUAAUGCAUAAGCUGCGAUGUGAAGUGGGAAGAGAUUUUUAAAAACACACAAGGAAAGUAUGCAAUAAAUGCUAAGUACAAACAAGGAAAUUUUCAUGUAUCUGUGAAUAUAUACCUGGAUAGGAUAUUUGAUUUACUAGAUUUGUGCUGCACCUAAAGAAACAGCUCUUUUAAUAUUCAGAUUUCUUUAAGGGUCCACAUUUCACAACUAUUACUAAGCCUCUAUAAAUGUCUUAUAAACAGAAGACUGGUAUAUAUGGCUCCAACUACUUUAACUCCAUAGAGAUGUUCAGCUGAUGCUAUAAAUAAUUGAAGCAAGCCAUAGCUGUGAGUCUCAAGUAAUUCACUGUGGGGGGCAGAAGGGUAGGGGAGUCUUCAAAGCUUUCUGGUAUAUGACUUAUUCAUCGAAUGGUGAUUUGUGGAUCCAAGGCCUAGAUGAUCCAAGCCCAGCAUAGAUGAUGAUUUUUCAAUCUUGCAGUUGCUUCAGCUACUUUGUUCUUCUUGCUUUCCUUGCAUCUCAUUCACCCUCUGUGCCUUUGGUUGGUUUUACUGCGAUUGUGAUUCAAAGCACUGCUUUGGUAUUUAAAAUCCCUUGUAUUGCAUGGCAUGUAUUUCUGCACAUGCACACAUGUUUACAAUUCACUAGUAUUAUCAUGUCAGUUCAGCUGGGCAGCUUUCUACAUGCAUCAGUUAUUAGACAGCAGCUAGAUUCAGGGCUUAUCCACACUUACCUUUUGCUCUGCACUUUGUAGGCAAAGGUCUGGGCGUUUUUUAUUUAUAUUUUUGCCUGGCGCUUCUUUGCUCACUUCAACCAGUAUUAUUUCUCAGCAUACAAUAUUUUAAAAAAUCAAUUAAAACAUUUAAAGUGGGGGGCUCUGUUCCUGGAAUCCUUUUUUUAGUCUUUGCAGAGCCUCAUUUCUAAGGGCCUACAUACCAUCACAACUUCAAAGCUACAUAUCUUCUUCCAUAUAUAAAGUGGGGAGUGAGGCGAGAGGGGCUGCAGAAUCAGUAAAAUGACUUUCAUCCACCCAAAUAGCCUCCCUGCCCCAGAGCCCAAGCACUAUUUGUUUGGACCAGAUACAAACAGGUCACAUACCACUCCCGCUCCCCUUGCCAACUGAAAGGUCUUAGAAUCAUAGAAUCAUAGAAUCAUAGAGUUGGAAGAGACCACAAGGGCCAUCGAGUCCAACCCCCUGCCAAGCAGGAAACACCAUCAGAGCACUCCUGACAUAUGGUUGUCAAGCCUCUGCUUAAAGACCUCCAAAGAAGGAGACUCCACCACACUCCUUGGCAGCAAAUUCCACUGUCGAACAGCUCUUACUGUCAGGAAGUUCUUCCUAAUGUUUAGGUGGAAUCUUCUUUCUUGUAGUUUGGAUCCAUUGCUCCGUGUCUUGUCUGUUUUGAAAAUUGUUUGAUAGCUUCUUAAGGUCUCUUUGUUUAAGCUCCAUAGGUAUUAUUGUGGCUUGGUUUACAGCCAGUAUAUCGCAUGCAUACACAAAUGACAACUAGCAUUUAUGCACCCAUUCCCAUUCCCAUUUUGUCUGGAGCCUGGCUCAUGCCUUUUUAGGAAACUUGUGAACUGUACAGGCUCCCACUAUCCCGUCUAUCCGAUGGAUUCUGUGUCAUGUGGUUUUUCUUGCCCGGGGAUAGACAAUACCAGCAAGGGACUAAGGGAUGAUGAGAUUUGUAGUUCUCAAGUAAGCAUGUUGCAUGGGUAGGCAAACAUCCCUGUUUCUCAAAUUGCAAGUAUUAAGAGUUUCAAAUUACAAGCACCCUCUCUGAGCCUGGGUGAGUGGCAGGUAACUGUUCAGCACACUGCUUCUUCUCCGGCAAUUGCUGCAAAUCGCACAUGGGCACCCCAAAAAGAUACAGGGAAAUAAGUUUGUAUAGACACCUUCAAGCACAUUCUUCAAAUUCAACCUCAGUUUUCAUCUUAUGGGCUGCUUCCCUCUCCCUAACCUCUAGGGCUGAGUAAACUGCUGUCCCUCCUUCCCACAGUGCUUAGGCCUCCCCUGCACCUAGACUCAUAGAAUGGUAGAGUUGGAAGGGUCCACAAGGGUCAUCUAGUCCAACCCCUUGCAGUGCAGAAAUAUUUUGCCCAAUGUGGCGCUCGAAUCCAUGAUCCUGAGAAAAAGAGUCUCAUGCUCUACUGGAUGACCUGUGUCCAAAGUGUUUAACUGGGAGUUCAGUUUUGCCUUUGUUUUAUCUUGCCAUAUUUAAAAGCAGCGAAAGAACUGUAAUGGAGGAAGUGGGGAGGCCAUUUUGUAAGCAGAAUUUCAAAGAAAGUGCCCAUCUUGUUAGAACUUUGUGGCGAUGUUUUGCUUUCUGUUGUUGACCGUGAGUGGAGUGGUAACCUGUGGUUCUUUUCAGCUAUGCAUCUCCUGGCUGAUUCAUUUCUCCUCAUUUGUGGUGUGUUUCUCUGUGGUGUGAAUCCAUCCUUACCCAUUCUGUCACACAUCUUCAUCUUUCUCUCGCUGCUUCUUCAGAUUGCUCUGGGUGUAAGGUAAGCUAUUGCAGGGUAUUUUCAUAAUACCUUGACAUUCAGCAUGCUAAUUUUCUCUGAGGACAAUGCUAAUAACACUUGCUUUACGUGUAAGGAUGGGUCAACAGGAAUUUGCAUCACAAGUCCUUUUGACUGAGAGACCUCUUUAGGCAUAAGAUUCUGCAGGAAUUAAUUAUGCAAUCAAGAACUAAGGGCCUUGUUGCCAGGCAAUGAACUCCUUUUGAGCAGACCAGGGACAAACCAUAGCUUACAGUUUGAAGCAUGUUUAACUUGGCAUGCUUAGAACUGCACAUACCUAUUUCUUUAGGAAAAUGAACCAUGGGAAUUCUGAUCAGGGGCACGACAUGGGAGUAGAUGCUCCCUGCAUUAUGUCACCCCAAAACACCCCUCAAAUGUGCUAUUUGCACAUGAAGGUGCUGGACCAGUUCCAAGCACAUUUAUUAAAACACUUUGUCCAGUGGCUUGGAAAACCUGAUUUAGAACUCGGGGAACCCAUGGCCAUCCAUAUGUUGUUGGACUUCUCCUCCCAUCAGCCCAAGCUUGCAUGACCAUGCUCAAGGAUGAUGGGUUUUGUAGUCCAACAACAUUUGGAAGACCACAGGUUCCCUCAUCCCUCAUGCUCUACAGUAGUUUUUCUCAGUUUUGAACUCAAGGUUGUCUUCUAAAUGUACUCUUCUGUUCCAUGCCCCUCUCUCCCACUAAGCAACAGCAAACUGCUUGGCACAUGAACACUCAGAAUCUGACCAGGCGAGCCUAAUGGCUCUCUGCAGUCUUAUUGUUGCUGUUGCUAUUUAUUUAGUAAAUUUGUAUUCUAUCCUUCAUCCGUAGGUCUCAGGCCGUUUCACAGCAUAAAAAUACAAUAUGUAUAUAUAAUGAAUAGAACAAAGUAGAAUAUGGACUUGCUUCAGGACCUGUUUGCAUUUGAGGCUGGUUUGGUGGGAAUGUCUCCUAAGGCACCUUUUGCCAUGAAGGAAUGCCCUGCCCUGGAAUAUUCAUUUGGCUUCCACUAUAGCAUUCAGACUUUCCAUUCCCAGCUGAAAACGUUUUUGUCCGGACAGGCAUUUGGUCUGUUAGAUACUUAAAAUUUGUUCUCUUGCCCUCCUCCACCCCCUGCUCUUGUUCUCUCUUAUUAUUUGAUUGGUGUUAUAUGCUGGUUUUUGUUUUUCAUUUUUAUUAACAUUUCUUAUGUCUUACUGAAUUCUGUUGGGUUGUUUUUUGUGGGUUGUUGUUUUGCAUUUUGCAUUGGAUCUCAUUGUGAAUUGCCUUGAGUGUCUCAUAGAAUCAUAGAAUCAUAGAGUUGGAAGAGACCACAAGGGCCAUCGAGUCCAACCCCCUGCCAAGCAGGAAACACCAUCAGAGCACUCCUGACAUAUGGUUGUCAAGCCUCUGCUUAAAGACCUCCAAAGAAGGAGACUCCACCACACUCCUUGGCAGCAAAUUCCACUGUCGAACAGCUCUUACUGUCAAGAGGUUCUUCCUAAUGUUUAGGUGGAAUCUUCUUUCUUGUAGUUUGGAUCCAUUGCUCCGUGUCCGCUUCUCUGGAGCAGCAGAAAACAACCUUUCUCCCUCCUCUAUGUGACAUCCUUUUAUAUAUUUGAACAUGGCUAUCAUAUCACCCCUUAACCUCCUCUUCUCCAGGCUAAACAUGCCCAGCUCCCUUAGCCGUUCCUCAUAAGGCAUCGUUUCCAGGCCUUUGACCAUUUUGGUUGCCCUCCUCUGGACACGUUCCAGUUUGUCAGUGUCCUUCUUGAACUGUGGUGCCCAGAACUGGACACAGUACUCCAGGUGAGGUCUGACCAGAGCAGAAUACAGUGGCACUAUUACUUCCCUUGAUCUAGAUGCUAUACUCCUAUUGAUGCAGCCCAGAAUUGCAUUGGCUUUUUUAGCUGCCGCGUCACACUGUUGGCUCAUGUCAAGUUUGUGGUCAACCAAGACGUCUCAUAUUGGGACAGUAAGACAGGAUAAUUUCAAAGAAGGAAUAUAUUCAUUUUUACCCACAGCUUCAAGGUAAGGUUCUGUGGGCUGGGGAAGUAACCCUACAUAGGUGCUAGAAGACAACCAGAACCCUAUUCAUGUGCUACUCACAUGUGUAUGAAUCUGGAGUGAGUGGGGCUGCACUUUUAGCCCCGCCCUUGAUGUUGAGUGGUUUUCCUCUAACUGCGUGACAGGCAUGGUUGUCUGUAGAGAGACCCCCCAGCAUGCAAGUUCUUGUCUGCAUUGGAGGAAGAAGAUGUAACCCCAGAGUCAUCAGAAUCAACACAGAAACAUUUUAAUAGAACCAGGCUCCCUCCCAGAUACACACACACACGUUUUAUAAUCAGACCAACAAGUGUGUGUUUAAAAAACACACAAGAAGAUCUUGCCGCACCUUAAGAACUAAUAAAUACACCGUGACAUAAUCUCUUCUGGGCCAUAGCUGUUUCAUCAAAUAUGGAUUUGCAGCAGAAUCAAGGGCUGAUGGAGCCAAUAUCUGUGGAAUGGUCUCUCUAACUUUUUAAUUAAUGGACUUUGGGGGUGUAUCAUAUUAAGAAAUUAAAUAUGUAGCCUUUGCAAGUGAGAGGUUCAGCUGGAGAGGUUGUGGAGAGGUUAUUAUUACUCGUGUUGUGGAUUUGCCACAAACCAUAGGGCAGUAGUCAAGUAAGUUUCAAGUAGAACCACUGAAAUUAAUGGGUAUGACUAUGUUAGUAACAUUAAUUUCACUGGGUCUACUCUGAGUAAAACUUAGUUUAGUACAACCCAUAGAUCUUAUUGCAAAGUGUCCUGUCAUAUUUGAAGAACACAAUCCAGCAGUUAGCACAAAACUGAAUUAAAAUGUGCAUCACAAGAAGAGAUAAGAGGAAUGAUAAACAAUAUCAAUAUAUUCAUAUAACCAGAUAUUUCUACAGUGAUUUUAUAAUCCAUGUUUGAAUCGUGAAAGCUUCUGCUUAGCCUAAUAGCAAAUUGCUUAGAUCUGAGAAAUCCGAAAUGAACUUUGUCCCAGUAUCUCCUUGUUCUCUCCCUAUCUCACUGAACAAGAAAGGGGGAAGCGAUAAAUCUGAUGUGCUGGCACAUUUCCUCCCUUGUCCAGACAAGGUCUGAGCAGUGAAACAGGAAACUGCAGAAUGUCCCUUAUAGCAGAUGGUCCGUAGGAGCUCAACAGCCGAAGUUCCUCUUUACCCUAAGUUUCUAUUCCUUGCUAUAAAUCUGGGGGAAAGGUCGGACUGGUGUUCAAACUAAAAAGCAGAAGUUGGGAGAGAAAUCUUUGUACGGUCAGGAGCAAGGCUUGUAUGCGCUCAUUAGCUUAUUUUGCUGCUGUUCGCAAUUGUAUCCUAUUAUGUCAUGAUCUGUGAUGUAUGCACUCAGGUAUAAAAGCCCCUGGGCGAUAGGGCUCGGGGCCCAGUCUUUUGGAAAAGAUUCCACUGGGUCAAUUAUUGCUCAGCAAUAAACCUCACUUUCCUUUUCUCCAAUUCCUGCAUCUGUCAAUUCUUGGACUACCGUAUCUGAAUUGGUCACUGGUACCUUUUAAAAUCCUUGCAACAGUUGUAUAAGUGUGUAGCCCUUCUAGAAAGUAAGUUAUGGGGCAAAAUGUGCAGGUACCUUCUAAGUGAUUUCUGGGCAAUGAGAGUGGUGUAUAUUUUUCCUACUCCUGAGGAAUGCUACCUGUUUUUAUUAAAAGCGAAAGCAUCUCUCUCUCUCUGUGUGAUCUCCACAAUAAGGACCAGCAGCAAAUAGCUGGUUUCCCAUAGUAAGCAUAAGGUUGUCAGGGAUGGUUGUCUCUCCUAUAUUGUGUUAUGCCAUGCUUCCCAUUGCAGCCACUUUGCGUUGUGGCACACGCCUUCUAUUGCAGCCAUAGGAACCAACUCCUAGGGGCCGAGGUCCCUUCACCCCACCAAUAAAGUAUUUGAGGGGGCUGCAUCUCAAAAGUUGAUGGACAUUGCCAUUCAAAUGGUGUGUGUGCACCACAUCAUGUGAUUGAUUAUGUGGGGUAGUGCUUCCUAUCCCCAUCCCCAAUAUUUUAUUCACAUUGACACACCUGGUGGCAGCCAUUUUGAGACUGGCACCCCCAGCACUCUCAGAUUUAAAAUAUACCCACUGGUCAAAAAAGAGUGUUGACUACCUGCUCUAGAAUCAUGGAAAUGGCACUGCCUGAAGAUCAGGGGCAUGCCAUUUAAAGGUUUUUAGUAGGAAUAUAAAGAAGCAGUCUUGUCUUCAGACAUUUCAUUGGGAAUAUCAGCAACCUGGCUGUGGGUGUUGCAAUUCAAUUCAGUGGAUACUUGCUCCUAAGAAAGCAAAAUCAGUAUAUUUAAUAAUAGCACUUAACAAUUUUUCUCUAAAUAAAUGAAGAGAAACUGUAACUAUGGCAUUGCUUGUUUGGUUGAAGCCAUCACCAAAUUGAUAUUAUAGGCUACUUCUACCCUUGUCAUCUAAUGAAUUGGCAUGACCACAUGAGCGAUCUAUCAUAUUUGACUCAAUAAACUACCUUGUAGCUGAAUUAUGAAAUCUAAAUCCUGUCAGUUUGAGUAUAUAAAUUGGUACCACAUUUUUUUAGAAAUGUUUGGGUUUUUAAAAACUGUUAAUGACAUUUUCACAACACAUUCUAGGAGGCACCAGUGGUUGCAAGAGCAGCACUUUUCCUGGAAUGUGCUCGCUUCGUUCACCGCUGCAACCGUGGCAACUGGCCAGAGUGGAUGAAGGGACACCAUGUGAACAUCACUAAAAAGGGUCUUUCCCGUGGGCGCUCCCCAAUAGUGGGGAACAAACGUAACCAGAAGUUACAGUGGAACGCAGCCAAGCUCUUCUAUCAAUGGGGAGAUGUAAGUUCAACCUUUCUCUCUCUCUCUCUCUCUCUCUCUCUCUCUCUCUCUCGUAAUCAACAUUAUUCAGAAACAUUUGUGUUUAGUUCUGAACAUUCCAUAUUGCUUUCUAGACCAAUCUGGAAACAGGAAACAGGUACAUGCUAGAAACCUGGAAGUCAGAGUAGCCACCUUCAGAAGUUAUCCUCCACCAGCCUGCGUCACAUGAGCAGAGCAGUACAGUACCAUGUGCAAUGCCUUCUGGUGCAUGUGACCUGGAUGGCUGCCACUUUGCCUUUCAAAGGUCUUUCUCAGUGGUGUUUUAUGAGAUGCUUUGGGAGAAGGCAAGUAAGCGAGAGAGCCAGCCAGCCCAGCCCAACAAGUCUCACUGGUUUCAGCUGGUGAGGAUGGUAAUGGUGAGCUGAGAGCUGUCAUUGGGAAUGACUGGGUGGGGGACCUGUCACCACUCCUUUCUUCAUCUACAGCCUGAGACAGUCUCCUGAUUCUGCCUAAUGAUAGAAAUGGCCAAUGAAGGAAGGGGGGGAAAGCUGAGAUAAGGAUGCAGCGUGGGGAGAGAAUAUUCAUUCAGUUCAGUUACAUGUACUUUUAAGUUUAAGUUGGGUGAGAAGGACUAAAGGGAUUGCACAGUUGAACUCCAUCUUCCUUAUUAAUUUCUUUUUAAAAAACACCUGCACAUAUAAAGCUUACCUGGAGAGGAGGAUUCCAGCUUUUUCUUCUUGGUACAGUUGCAUUUGACUUUAUUCAGUUCUUUUCAAUUUAGCUUCUCAUUUUUCAUUUUAGUUUCUCAUUUUUCAGCUUGCUGUGUUUCUGCAUCAGUUUGCAGUUUUUUAAAAGUCCUCAUGAAAAUUUGGAUAAGACUUUGUUUUAUGUGAUAUAAUGAUUACAUAGAAUAUGAUUUGAAUUUGAAUUUGAAUUUGAAUCCAUUCUGGGAUUUCUGUGUGCUGCAGAGGGAGGUAGAAAUCUAAUAAAUAAAAAAGAGUUCCUGGUUUGACUGUUGCUUCUGCCUUAAGGCAAAUCACUCUAUGCUGGGCUUGUUCCUCAGUCUUCAAUAUGUGGUUAAUGAUGUUGAUCUGCCUUAUGGGACUCUCGUAAGGAUUAUCGAAAGAUAUGUUGAAGUACUUCGAGCAUUUUAAAGGACUGUAUAAAUGUUAAGUUUUAUGAUAAUAAUCUAUUCUAUUUCUUUUCAAAUUUUGAACCAGUUCAAUAUAAACAGAAACAUGUUAAAAAAUGGAAACUAAUGGAGUUUGAACCCUUUGGAUCAUUUAAAUUAGAGGCGUGCCCUGGCCACCAGAUUUGGUUCAGACCAAAUAUUUUAGAGGCUAUGUCUUUCCCUUUUGACAGAACUGAAUGGAAUUUGGAGUCAUACCAGCUCUUCCAGAGUGGAUAAAGCUUGCCAAUUUAUGGGCAAAUCAGCCCGGGUGCUAGGCACUGUUUGAAGCUUAAUUUUGUUUAAAAAGCAGGCGUGACCCCUGAAUCUCCCUAAGUGUUUUGUGGGCAAAUUGGUCUGAAAAUUGCAGGCAUGAGAGAGAUGCCCCUGGGUAAGAAACCUGCCAAAUUGUAGAUAAAUAAGUAAAGGAGAUUUGGAGCCAAACUUGAUUUUAGUUUGAGAAGAACUAAAAGAGUUUUGCUUUCUGUGUAAAACAUUCUCUUACUGCAAGCUUAAACUUUCAGGCAUAACAGAGCUCCCCUCUCUGCCCUCUCACCUCUUGAUAUCUUCCUUAAGCUUAGAGAGGUAUGCUCAGCUCUGAAAAUCCCCUCCUUCCCACAUUGUUUUCCUCAGGGUAGAGACUUGAGCAAAGCUGCUCCACCUCCCCUCAGCACCCUGGUGUUUUCCCUAUGUGGUAAGCUUAGAGACAUAGUUUUUCUUUUAGUACAGUAUUUUUCGCACCAUUGGACGCACAUUUUCCCCUCCAAAAAUGAAGGGGAAAUGUGUGUGCGUCCUAUGGGGCGAAUGCAGGCUUUCGCUGAAGCCUGGAGAGCGAGAGGGGUCGGUGUGCCCUCUCGCUCUCCAGGCUUCAGGAAGCUCUGCGCAACCCUCGGGAGACCGACUCCGAGGGUUGCGCAGAGCUGCCUGCAGUCCCGGGCUCAGCGCAGCUCUGCCCGGCCACCGGGAGCCGGGCGCGAAGUCCCGCCCCGCUCCGGAUGGCGGCGCAGAGCUGCCUGCCGUCCCCGGCUCAGCGCAGCUCUGCGCGGCCACCGGGAGCCGGGCGCCCAGCUCCGGAUGGCGGCGCAGAGCUGCCUGCCGUCCCCGGCUCAGCGCAGCUCUGCGCGGCCACCGGGAGCCGGGCGCGAAGUCCCGCCCAGCUCCGGAUGGCGGCGCAGAGCUGCCUGCCGUCCCCGGCUCAGCGCAGCUCUGUGCGGCCACCGGGAGCCGAGCGCGAAGUCCCGCCCCCUCCGGAUGGCCGCGCAGAGCUGCCUGCAGUCCCAGGAUCAGCGCACUUCUCCCCAUCGCCAGCCCCACAAGCUCGGGGGACAGCGGGGAGGCAGAGCGCACCUUCCCGCUGUUCCCCGACCUAGUUCUUCCAGCCCCACACCUGGGGGGGGGGGAAUAAAAAUAUUUUUCUUUAUUUCCCCCCCCAAAAAACUAGGUGCGCCCUAUGGGCCGGAGCGUCCUAUGGAGCGCAAAAUACGGUAGAUGGUUGUCUGCAAUGUUUUAUUGCCAGGGUCACUGAGGCCCCUCUAAGUGCUUUACAGUUCUCUGUUUCAACUCAUGCAGCCUCUUACAGAUCCCCUCUUUACCUUGAACAAGCCGCAGAACAGUCCCACCUGAUAAAUCCCACCUGAUAAAUUUGCAAACACCCCUAAUCUCGGUCUUUAACUCUUUCAAGCACACUGGCCAUGUUCUUUAUUUGAAACCUCCAGCUCUCUGGUGAAGCUUUGCUACCCUAAGUUACCUUUGUAACACUUCAUUAUUUUCCUUCUUUUGUUUCUCUUGGCAGGCAAUUGGCAUCCGUCUCAACGAACUCUGCCAUAGUGAGAGUGAGAGCCCAGCCAAUCUGCUGGGCCUCAUUUAUGAUGAGGAGACCAAGCGAAGACUGAGAAAGGAGGAUGAGGAAGAAGACUUUUUAGAUGACAGUAAGGAGACUCCCUUUACUACAAGAACCCCCGCUUGUAAGAAUCUCUGCUUUAGGAACACUUAAUUCUUUUUUAUUUUCCUCUUUCAUUCCCUUUCCACCCAAUUGUAUUCCACACUUACCUCCCUUUCCCUCUCUAUCUAUCUGUGCCAAGAUGUAACAUGUCAUGUAGUGGUAGCAGCAGCAAAAAGGAAUUGGAUCCACCGAACAAGGAGAAUAAGACUUUAAUUCAGUGCAGCUAGUCAUGUUCAACAGAUAGUGGGACUCAUCUGCACCCAAAUAUUACUUCCAGCAGGUUCAGAGGGGUCUGGAUGAGCGUUACAAUGCAGAUACAGGCAUGCACCUGAACUCUUAUUGGCUCUGUGUGCCAUGGACCAUAUAUCUGUGGUAGUUAGAGAUGAAAGUCAAAUUCAGUUCUCUUUGCAUUUAAAGGUAAAGGUAAAGGACCCCUGACAGUUAAGUCCAGUCGCGAACAACUCUGGGGUUGCGGCGCUCAUCUCACUUUACUGGCUGAGGGAGCCAGCGCACAGCUUCUGGGUCAUGUGGCCAGCAUGACUAAGCCGCUUCUGGCGAACCAGAGCAGCGCACGGAAACGCCGUUUACCUUCCCGCCGGAGCGGUACCUAUUUAUCUACUUGCACUUUUUGGCAUGCUUUCAAACUGCUAGGUAGGCAGGAGCUGGGACCAAGCAAGGGGAGCUCACCCCAUCGCAGGGAUUCAAACUGCCAACCUUCUGAUUGGCAAGCCCUUGGCUUUGGAGUUUAGACCACAUUUAAAGGUGAUUUUCCUUAAUUUGUACUUUCCAAAAAAAUAUGUGAACACAGCCAACUUCCAAGAUUCACACUUCUCUUAAUUUCGCAAUAAAAGCCAAGUAGUCGGUACAGAAAUACGUAUGCCAGGGUAAAGUGUGCAUAAAAAUGCAUAUAGCAUAAAAAGUAUUAUAUUAGGGGAAAUUGCAUAGAAAUGUGUGUGUGCUUGGAGAAAUUUGCACUAAUGUGCUGGUGCAGUUUCAUGUGGACUUUAGUGGGGGGAAAUCCACAAACUGUGGUGGAAAUAAGAUGAACUUGUUACUGGAAUAGUGAGAAAAAGAGAAAGAUUUACCCAUCUCUGAUGGUAUUACACAUUAGUUGCAUGAAGAAGGUCUGAUGUUCUGUUCUGGCAUUGACAUUUACAAUAAUUUCACAUGACAAUGCCUGGAAAUACAAUUUUUGUGCCUGAGAACUUGGAGAGCUGCUGCCAGUCAGAGUACAUCAGGGAUGGGGGACCAGCUUCCAUCAGCCCCAUCUUGCAUGGCAAUGGCCUGGGAUGGUGGGAGAUGCAGUUCAACAAUAUCUGGAGGAUCUUAGAUUCCCCACCCCUGGAGUGGACAGUAAUGCUUUAGAUAGACCAAUGACCUUACUCAACAGAAGGCAACUUUUUAUGUCCAGCGCUGCUUCUGGAUGUGGUUCUCCUUGAAUUGAAUUGACCAACCAUGAAUAAAAUUGAUUGAACUCUGUUAGCUUUUGGAUGACUGUUUGCCAGGUUGUUUUGAUGGUCCUCCUUUCAAAAACACUGGUCAUGUUUUAUGUAUGUAGUCCAUAUAUAUAGUGAAAGUGGGCAAAUAAGUAUUUAAUUAAUUACAUACAAAGCUCCUGAUCCUGAAGGGAACCUGCUGAGAUUUUUAGUCAGUUUCCUUUGUUGCGUCCAAAAGUGUACACCGACCAGAUCAUUACAGGUGCUCCCUUAGAAGCCACAACUGUGACAAAUGUAUGA